GGGCGCUCCCUGUGGGUGCGCGCAAUUGAAGAGCUGAGGCGAGGAGCGCGGGCUGCGCGGGGCCCGGCAGCAGCUGCAGCUCGUUGGCCCCCUUCGCCGCUCAUUGGCCGGCGGCGCGAGCCAGCUGGAUGUGAGCCUGGGGCGCGUCAAAUAAGCCGCACUUCCCCCCGCGCCCACCUGCACAGCACCAGCGCACGUCGGGACCCCUUCCUUGUCCUCAGACACCCCUCGGGCACCUACCUACCUACCUGCGUCCCCCGCGUCCCCGGCUCGCACCAGGCACCUGCCCCACCUUAUCCCCGCUUAAGGCAGACCCUCGCCCUCUCCGCUCCCCUCUGAGGGGAGGAUAAAAGAAGGGGGAAGAAGGAGGAGGAGGCGCAAAGGAAAGGAAGAAGGCGAGGCAGCCGCCCAGGACCAGCACGCGAGCCCCCCUGCCUUGCUUUCCUCGGACUUGCCCUGCACCCACCAUGAGCAACCUGCCCAAGGAGAAUGAGCACAGCAGCAACAGCCUCGAGGAAGAGGUAGGGGUUUUUUGGGGGGGGGGAGCCCCGUCGGGGAUGAGCCUUCCCUUGGGUUGGCCAAGGUCUGCGGGCUCGGAGGGGGGAAAGGCUGGGCUGCGUGGUGAGGAGGUUCGUCCUGAAGUUUUCCUCUUGCGUGCGCGCUCUUUCCCUGGGCCAACGAAAAUGCCUCUUGCUCCUUUUUUUGCGGUUUCUUGACUUUGCGAGCAAAAGGCCUAUGGCCGUUUUCUGGGCUGGGUGAAAGUUUGUUUUAUAAUGCAUCCGCUAUGGGAGUGGUAAAAGAGGAAUGCAUCCCUUUUCUCCUAGUCUUCCUAGGGAGGAGGAGUGCUGUUGGUUCUUGAAGUCUCUCCUUUGUGCACGCAGCUGGUGGCGGUGAUUGCUGCCUAAGGGUGGCUUUACUGUAAAAAAAUGGAGGGUUUCCGAAAGCCUGUCUGCCACCUCCUUACUUAACCUGUGGCCUCCUUACUUAACCUGUGGUGCUUCUCUUUAACUAGUAGCAGGAAGCCCAGACCUACUGAGCAAACAGCCUUUGGAGCACCAAACCUGCACUUCCUACUCAUAAAACCCUGCAGUGCCUGUUAAGACUAGACGCUGCAUGGGCGUCUCUGCUGAUUUAGAGCUUGGCUUUGGACCUUGGCGUAGCUUGGAAGAAGCAGACGGAUGCUUGGCUUUCCUCUUCCUCCUCCUCCUCCACAUCUAGGUGUUCCUUGUUUCCUCUUGUGUAGUCAAAAUCCAGAUGCAGUAGUGUAUAUUUUAAUUUUUUUAUGAACAUAUUAUAACUAAAAUUAAAAAGAAUAGCCCAAACUAACAAAGCAAGUCACUUCUGCGAACUUUAGAAAUUCAAGUCAUGCCUAUAUCCAAGUCUUAAGUUUCUAGUUUGGAACUGGGGAAAGCUUUGGAAACAACCAUCCUAACGCAGUUUAAUUCCAUGCAAAAGGGCUAAAGCUGUCUGGUACCUUGUGGCUUCUGGACUUGGCUUGCAAUGGAGAACCUGCCAUUGGCUUCCCUUCUGCUUGCUCCCAUCUUCCAUCCAGUCUUCUGCAUUUCUUGUCUGCAUCACCACCACCUUGUGAAGACUGUAUGUCCUUGACUGGCCAUCAUAGAUCUGAGCAAGUCGCACAGACACCUCAUUAGGUAGUGCAGGUUCUCUGUGAAAAUUCCUCUUUGUGGCACACUCAAGCUUUUGUGGUUUUCUAUACCUGUUUGUGCAAAGUAAGUAGCUGUAGUAUGAGCCAUAGGAAGCUGAUUAUAUAUAUAUAUAUAUAUAUUAGGACCCGGUUGCCUCCAUUUUGUGUGCAUGGCUAUUGAAAUGCCAAGAAACCUCAAUUCCCCUUGGGCUGCUGCAGUCGAUUACUUGUCUUCCUCCCCACCCCCAUCCCUCUGAAAAAUAGCCGUGUAGGUUUCUUGGCGCAGAAUGGCGGCCAUUCUGGUUCUAAACCCUUCUAAACAUUGUAAAAACUCUACAGUACAUUCUUAAUAUGCAUACAGAAGAAAUGGGAAUAACCUAUUGCUAAUACUUUGCUUGUGCCUGCAAUCUAAGAAGGUUGGUGGCUCUCCCCUGCCCCUAAAAAAAUCCUUAUUGAACCCGUUAUGUGAUAUGCUUCAAUUGGGUUGGCUGUCCUCCUUUGAUGUUCUCUUAUAUACUAGGUAACUCUGUUAAAACAGUACUGUACAGUGUCUUAAUUCUAUUGAAAUAGCUGCAUGCUUAUAUAUGGUUUGGAGGGCUCUGGGACCAAUUUGCUGGCAAAGCCUCAGAGGUUCAUGGUAGGCUGCUUCUAACACUUUCUGUAUCUUAGCUGCCUUACUUGUGCGUACUAGAGGCAGAAAUGCCCCCCUUUGUCCACAGGGCAGCAGGUCAUUGCUAAGCCGUCUUUCUGCAAGGUGUUUAUGUAGGGCCACAGAACAGUAAUAUGAUGGAUUGGGUUGAAGCGUGUUAAAAACAACAGCAGCCAGAAUAGUCCCUUGCAUCUGGGAUUGGAGGAUACGCUUAAGCCUUCAGUUUCCAUUGCAAAUAAACUUGGUGGCAGGUCCUAGAUUAGAACUUGCAAAUCGCCAAAUAAACGCCUGGCAGUUCAGAGGUGUUUUGCUAGGCCAACCAUGUAGGAGGCACAAUUCUGAUUGUAUGCAUUUUGCAUUAACACCGUUUCUAGUUCUGUAGUCUUAGGUACUUUAAAGCAGGGAAUGGGCUGGAUGGAAUAGUAGCCACCUGGCCAAUGUGAGCAACUGGCCAAUUUCUAGCAUAUUGCUUAGUGUCUGCUGGUAUACUGGGAUUCAAGCAAAAAAUGCAUAGUAGGUGGAUUUUGAUGUCAUUUUAUUUUGCCUUCAAUAUAUAAAAGAUGACAACUAUGAAAUACAUGAACUGUACAAACGUAAACGAGUAGCAAAAGUUUUAAAUAUAAAUUUAGAUAAUUUGUUUUUCUUGCGUGAAAUAGGUUAAAUGAAGUGAUGAAUAAAAUGUUCAGUUAUAUUAUGUCAUUGUGGACUUGUCCAGUCAUUCAAGUGAGACUUUGGAAAGUUCUCCGUAAAACUGAAGUGGCUUUUGCCUGCCGUCUCCAGUAUACGGUAUUAAGUGGGCUUUAAUCUCAUUCAGGAAGGCAUUUGUGUAUUGCCGUGACUAUGCAUUCAAAUUUAACUGAAUCUAGAUUGCCAUGAGCAUGCAGUCCUGCUUUUCAAAUUUAACACAUUAGAGGGCACAGGCGUUGUAAUAAAACUUAAGUGGACCAAAUACUUGACCCAUCCCUGCAAUAAACUUAGCAUGUGUGAUUCUCUAAGGGAAGGUCUUGGUGCAUCUGCAUUGCCUGCCAAAGAUGCCUGGUUCAGUCCCCAGUAUCUCUAGGUUGGCCUGGGAAGAGACCCCUUCUGGAAUCCUGGAGAGGCACUUCCAGUUGCUGCAGACAAUACUGAGCUUGAUGGCAGAUUGCUUUGUUUCUUACAUAAAGUUAAUUUUGGGGGAGAGAAGGUAAUUGAGCAUUCUCAGGCACAUUAACAGAUCAGAAUAUGGCUUACUCUUAUGUGCUUUGUAACCCCCAUUCCUAUUGCUAAGAAAUUCAGUAGUUCUGAUUGAGCUGUUCCUAAAGGUGUGGAAAUGCAGGGGUCAACAUUUAUAUAUUUGAGGAUGUUUUUCUGCAUUUAAGUACAAAGUGGUAUGUAUGGGAGAGCACUUUGUAUGUUGCGCCAAGUAAACUAUCACUAUUGGGGUUUAACUUGAUUUAUCUGGAAGGAAAAGUACAGUAGUAUGAAUUUAUGACUGAUGCUAUGAUUGAGAUCAGUGCUAUUUCAAUAUGACAUGCUGUGUGUUCACCACGUUUUAUUUAUUUUUAUUUCACAGGGGGUUCCAAAUGCUGUCAAGUAUAUCGGUAGUAGCUUUUCUGGUCCUCUAAUAGUGCAAAUUGUGGACAAGUGAUGUGGUGUGUAACUGCUGGGGGUUUGUAUCUUUAAGGAGAGGAAAAACGGAUUAGCUAAAGGAGUUCUCUGCAGUUACUCAUGAACAAGAGGAAUUUUGUGGACAUGCUCACCAAAGAUGAUCUUUGUGUGCUUGUUUUCUGAAGUGCACUACAAGUGUAUUUACAUAUAUGUGGGUCUCAUUGCUGGUUGCGAAUGUUAUGCAGGGACCCUCCCUGCCUGUUGUACUGCAUCUUUAAAUCCUUCUCCCCCCCACCUUGCUGCGGAGAUUCUGCAUCUGUCAUUGAAGGCAUGCAGCUGCCCCUCCCUGGCUAUGCAGUUAAAUUCCCCAAAUGGUGCUGGUCUGACUCUUAACUACAUGAUGAAAUAUGGGAAGAUUGGCUGUGCCGUCACCCUGUCCUUCUGGUUGGCUGCUGUGGGAGGCAGGGUGCUAGAUGGGAUCGGCCUCUGGACUGAUGCAGCAAUACUCAUGUUCUCUGGAUGCAAGUGGGAACCCGGUGCCCUCCAGAUGUUGUUGGACUCAAUUCCUCUCAACCAGUAUGGCUAGUGGUCAAAGGUGAGGGGAGUUGUAUGGUCCAGUAGGAUUGGGAGUGCUACAGUCCCUCACCCCUAGAGUGCAAAGGAAGGAUAUGUUGUUGUUGUUGUUGUUUUAAUGUGAUGGGUGGAAGCCUGGAACUCCAAGAAACCUUCAUGAAUAGGGAAGGACUAGUUCAGGUUUCAGAUAACGUGGUCAACUUAGAUGGAAUUGCAUGGAUAAUUCCAGGAAGGGUGGAAUGAACCACAAUGCUCAAUAUGUUUCAGAUAAGGCUGCAAUACAAACCUCACAUACCUGGGAGUAAGCACCAUUGAAUUCAGCAGGACUGAUGUGUUUAGGAUUGUGCCCUAAGCUGUUAUAAAGUUGAGACCCUUCCCUGUAGGGCAAGGGUCUCCAGCGGGCAGCAGGGUGCGUGCCAUUACCCCCCCCCACACACACCCAUGAUGCCCACAGAAGGUCUUUGUAAAUACCACUUCAAAAAUUCCCAAUGCUCAAGAGAUUGUUGCUUUUUCUUCUUGCUGGGACUGGCUCAGCCUCUUACACCAAAUGUCUCUUUAAGCACACCAACAUUUAUCUUGAUGUCUGAAGUGGAAGCCAUCAAUCCAUCUGUCCUGAACAGAGGAGAGUUUCAGAGAGGCCCUCUCUCUUGCUCUCUCUGUAAGUGCCUUUUGCCCGUUCAAGGAAUGGCUGAUUGUGUGUAUGUGCACAGGGGCACAAUUUUGUGUUUUGGCAGCCAUUUUCUAUUAUGCCACACCUUUCCCCCACUGCAGCCAUUUUGGGGUCUGCUGCUCACUGCCAUUUCUCAAGGUUCCAGAUGUUCCCACUGGCCCCAAAUAGUUGGCGUCUCCUGCUGUAGUGGGAACACUGAGUUUUCUACAGAAUAGGAUGGUAUUUGGGGCAGGGGUGCACAGCUCAUAAGGGUGGUUUUCUUCCACCUCAUAGUGGAAAUGACCCUGUUGCACUAGACUUUUUUACACCCUGCAGAGCCAAGUAGGCACACUGUCUUCUUCAUUCUUGAGUUUAUCUGCUAUAAUGCAACUCCUAGUGAAACCAAUUUGAGGCCCAUAAUCUGGUUUGGUGGAGCUCCUCCCCCCGGAAAAAGAUAUAUAAUAAACAGUAAUACCAAAUGUUGUUCUGAUUGUCCAAAUAAUACAUUCUUAAGUGUCCUAUAUUUACCGUUUGUUGUAUUUGUAGCUUUUAAAGGGCCGUGGCCAGGUAAAUAUACAUUUUUCCAUUCUCCCAGGAAACAACAAGUGAAACAGUUGGAGAGGGAGUUAAAUCUUUUGCCUGUAGAAAAACUCCUUCCAUGGAAAGAACUCUGGGGUGGCGGUACCUAGGUUGGUUGUUCUUGCUAUACAACGGUUCUCGGGGAACCUGCAGGACUUUGGGUAGGAUCCACACCGUACAUUUAAAGCACUGACUCCCUCCGCAACAAUCCUGGAACCAUAGUUCCCACCACCUCCUAGAGUUGCAAUUCCCAGUACCUUUAAACUAAAGUUUGCAGGAUUCCGUGGGGGGGGGGGGAAUCAUGUGCUUUAUAUGUAUGGAAAUACUGUGGUGUAUUAAUUAUGUAUUCAUUAUUAACUUUGUUUAUAGCCUUAUACCCAUAGAUCACGGGGUGGUUCACAAUUAUGGCUUUUGUAGACCAGAGUAUCUGGUGGAGUGUACUUUAGUGCUUCCUACAGAUACCUCUUUAUUCUUUAUUUCAUUAUUAAUUGCCCACCCUUUACUUUAAGGUCCCAGGGUGGGUUACAACAAUUGAAAUACAAUAUUAAACUCCAAAGCAGCUUGAAAUCACAGAAGUAAGGUGGGUACCUGUAGAAGUUUGUAACUUAACAAGUGGAAAGGGCUUUGUCAGCAUUGUUGGCCCUGGUUUUGGAAUAUUAUUAUUAAGUUUGCUAUUUAUACCCUCCCUAAAUAGGCUUCCCUGGCGGUUGCGUUGCAGACCUUUUGGCCUUUGCCAAAAAAAUCAUCUGCGCACACAUACAUGUGAACUUGAAAGUUUUAAGCAGCUUUGUCUGUUAUUGUAACUUGUACAAGUCAUUGUAAGGUAAAGGUAAAGGGACCCCUGACCAUUAGGUCCAGUUGCGGAUGACUCUGGGGUUGCGGUGCUUAUCUCGCUUUACUGGCCGAGGGAGCUGGUGUACAGCUUCCGGGUCAUGUGACCAGCAUGACUAAGCCGCUUCUGGCAAACCAGAGCAGCGCAUGGAAACACUGUUUGCCUUCCCUCCAGAGCGGUACCUAUUUAUCUACUUGCACUGUGACGUGCUUUUGAACUGCUAGGUUGGCAGGAGCAGGGACCCGAGCAACAGGAGCUCACCCCGUCGCGGGGAUUUGAACCGCCGACCUUCUCAUCGGCAAGUUCUAGGCUCUGUGGUUUAACCCACAGCGCCACCCGCGUCCCAACAAGCCAUUGUACCCACCCUGAAAUCCUAACUGGAGGAUGAUGGGUGGUAUGUAAAUGAAUCAAUGAACACAUCAUUUUUAUUUGUAAGUCAGCAUCCUAUUACACGCUGUGCUGUAGUAUCUAUUGUCCAUGAACAAUUUAUUGUGGUACAGAAUGCCAAGUCUCUAAAAGGAGCCAUAGUAUGCUUCCUCCUGUGGAAAAGCUGCUCAUCUUUUGCUUUCUACAGAAGGAGAAAAAAGGGAAUAGGAGAAUUGAGAGAAGGGACGCGUGGUGACUAUGAGGGACUGGGGAAAGGGAGACGACAGCUCUGUCCACUGGGCGAUGUCCUUCCCAUUCCAGGAAGAUGCUUACGCACCAGAAAAGGCCAUACCUUCUGAAGUUGGGACAGCAAACAGUCUCCCACUUCAGGGAACAGGCAGAAUUGGAACCCUCUGUCUGGAUGCACUUCUAGGCUGUGCACGGUGACAUUUUCUGGUGAUAGGCUGCGGCAGAAGAGUUGCUGGACCCUGAACAUCUUUCAGAAGCAAUAUUGGGACUAACUUAGAGGCAAGUCUGUUGUUUCCAGUUCUUGUGUAGCUAACAGACAUUCAGAAACACAAGUGAUGCCACCUCAGAUUUGUAACCCAACCUCUGUCUAACAAACUCGGGGAAGCAUACAUGGAGCUAUCGCAGUUCAUUGUAGCCAACGUAAUGGAGGUUAGACUUGGCAAUGGUAACCUUCCUAUAUAGCAGUUUAGGCUGAAAUCCUAACCAUGCUUUCCUGGAAGUAAGUCCCAUUGAAUUCAGUAGGGCAGGGCAACAGAGAUAGGAAACCUUUUUCACCCAGAGGGCCACAUUCCUUUCUGGGCAACCUUUUAGGGGCCACAUGUCUGCUGUGGGUGGGGCCAGAGCCAAAGUAAACUGAGCAACAAAUGUGAAUUUUAUCUUUGCACAGUGCACAAGAUUCUAGACAAACUUGCCCACCCUUUUCUGUUACCCAUCCAGACAAGCAAGAGGUCUAAUCCUCUUCGAACACCACCCAAGUUCCAAUGUUACAUGAGAGGAAGAAAGACUUUUCUCUAUCCGCUUUUCCCCCGCCACACAUAAUUUUAAAAAUUUCUAUCAUGUUGCCCCUUAUUCAACCUUUCCCUAAACUAGAAAGUCCCAGGAGCUGCAACCUUUCCUUAUAGGGUGCUGCUGCAUCUGCAUAGUAAUUUGGUUGCCCUUUCUCUGAACCUUUUCCAACUCUACAAUAUCCUUUUAGAGGGGUGGAAACCAGAAUUGUAUAUAGUAUUCCAAAUGUGACUUCAGCAAUAGAUUUGUUUAAUGGCAUUAUAUCUGCUUAGGGGGAGGGUGGCCUGGGAAGGUUCUGAGGGCCAAAUAGAGAGGCUUGGAGGGCCACAUUUUGCCCCCGGAUCUGAGAUUUCCCUCCCCUACCCCUGCUAACACAAUGCCAUUGUUUCUUGGUAUAGACAAUACUUGUCCUAGGUUCUGACUUCAAUGUGGCUUCCAGCCCUUGGCAUGGCUUGAUCUCAUUGGGUACCAGCUAAUGCUUGAUCCCUGUUCUCAGUAUAUAGCUCUGACAAGCCUCUUGCCGUUUCCCUUCAGAGACCUCACUGAAGUGUCCUGUUCAUGCUGACAUGAUGUGGAUCCAGCCAGAUGAGUUGGAUUCCGUGUAAAAUGAGGCAUGUGGCUGGCUGCAGGCUACUGCAGCAGCAGCAUACAUGAUGCUUUUAAUGGCAUUUAAUAAUUAAGACCUGGAUCCCAUCUGCAAAGAGCUUACAGCAUUAAACUGCAAUGGUAGGAGAGUACCAUGCAAUGAGCGGAGAAAAAAUAGGCCAUGGAAGAAAUGAAGGAGAGGAGAGCAAAUGCAUGUUGUGGCCUUCUAGGCUUUGUUUCAGCUGGGAUGAGAGUUUAAAGGUAAAGGUAAAGGUACCCCUGCCCGUACGGGCCAGUCGUGUCCGACUCUGGGGUUGCGCGCCCAUCUCGCUUAAGAGGCCAGGGGCCUUUCGAACUGCUAGGUUGGCAGGCGCUGGGACCAAGCAACGGGAGCGCACCCCGCCGCGGGGAUUCAAACCGCCGACCUGACGAUCGGCAAGUCCUAGGCACUGAGGUUUUACCCACAGCGCCACCCGCGUCCCUCCAUGAGAGUUUAGGUUUGUGGAAAAGCCAGGUUUCCAGGAGAGAUUUGAAAGGAGUAAGGUGACCUUAUAGAGUGGCAUCGCAUUAUGCUGUGACUCCCAGCUCCUUCAGAUGUGUAUCUUAUGGUGUUGUGAAAGGUUGACAUGUGCUGAGAACUGGGUGUGAUGCAAAGUUCUGCAUGCUUACUUCCACUAUGCACAGAGUCAGUGCACAUCAUGGCUUCACCUCGGUGGUGUCGCGUGGGGAUGACAUAGGGGCAGUGGCCCUGGGCAGAGUUUUUUGAGGGAUGCGUUUUGCUUCUCGUGCUGCCCUGGCAGCCCAAUUUGCAACGGCAGCUGCUUUUUGCUGGCGAGUGAGCCUGUCUGGUUCAAGUAGCAGAAAGAAGCCAGGGCUCCCCCUCUCUGGCUGCUGCUUUCUCUUUGCUGCAGUAAAUGCAAUCUAGAGACUACCAACAUCAUAACAUCAUAACAUCAGUUUAUUCUGUAACAGAUAACACUCCCAGGGCUGAUCGGCAUAUUCCUUGUUCCAGUUUUGUGGGUACGAGAGUCUGCUUCUGCAUACAUGGAUCAAAAAAUGGUGUACAGAAUAGUAGCACACAAUUACUAACACCUGUGAUUCACUGGAACACACAGAUCUCAGGCUGCUGGGAAUCUCAUGAGUUCAUACUUAAUUGUAUUGGAGGCCAGUGGUCUCUACAUUUGUGAAACACGAAUGUAGAACUUGUAUUUUAACCCACUCCUAUGUCCCCUCAAAGCUGUCACCCUGAGGUUUCUGGUGGUGCUCCUGGCCACUAGGGUGCUGGCUUGGGUGGGUGUCCAUUCACCAACUGAGCCCCUAUGUGCACCCUGGCACCUCCACCCCAGCUGCCCAGUUAAUGGGGGAUAGGGAGCGCAACACUUGCCUCACCCCGGACGUCGGCAACCUAUGCUACGCUGCUGCUUCAUCUUCGGGUCAUUGUAAGCAGAGGUGUGUAAAUCGUCCCUCAUAGGGUAUUUUCACCAUUUUAAGUUGCCAGGUUUUGAGCUUGCUUUUGCUGUUGAGUUCCUUGUUAAACCCAUGUCAGGGGAAGGGCCUAAUUAUGCUUGCCAGGCCUCUCCCUAAUUGGUCCAAUUGGUUCACCCACAACUUAACAAAACCCAUGCUCUUUAGAAAAGGAACAAGCUUUGAGCUUGUGAUCACUGAGAGAUGUGCCAGUGUGAAGCUAUUUUGCGCCCUAGGCAAAGCUAACUGCACCCACCAAAAGAAAUUUCUAGCUUCAAUUUUCAAAAACAGUUGUCUUGUAUAAAAAAAAUAAAAAUAUCAGAAAUGAACAGCUAUAAGAAAAAUAAAUCUGCAUAAAACUGCGCCCCUCAAAGGUCAGAGUACUGUGCCCUUCUGAGGUCUGUGCCCUUGGUGGCUGCCCAGUUGGCUUAACGGCAGCACCUGCCCUGUGGGUGAGGUACUAGUGGCCAGUGGCAAAGUUACUUACUUUUAGACUUGGGGCUUUAUGAUCUAGCAGCGGGGACAGGAAGUGUUCUAGAUUAGGAUGUAUAAAACUUGCUUCAAAACACUGCUGCAUUUGGGCUGCUCUUCCUGCUCACACGGUUGAGCCGGGGACUGAGACGUCUACCUCAAAAUGCUUGACCAGGCACGGUCCUGAAGACCUCGUAUCAGCAGAAGAUUCACCUAUUAGCAGGGCUUGAGCACAUUCUGAAAUUUGGUGUGAAGGGAAGCAGCAUCUUAAAAUCUCUGCUUCUACUCCUGAAGCGCAAUGUCUAGCAGUUAUGGCCGAGGAGAGAGGCUUGGAAAGUUUCUGAGUGAUGGCAGCUGCAGCAUCUCAAAAGGGACAUCGUUCCUUUGCAUGCUUGCUCUGCUUGUUUUAUGCAGGUCAUGGAAUUUGGCUUUCUCUUGGCGCAGAAUAUUAUGUAAUCUGCGUAUGUACUGAUGCAUUGCGCACAGCUUUGCCUUGGGAAAAGUUGGAAGCCUUGAUAUAACGCAGGGUGUUGCAUGUUAAGCCCCGCUGCCCAAAUUAAUUUUGCCAGAUUCCUCUUUGCUUCAGAACUGUUGGAUUUUUACCAUUACCUCUAAGUUAAAACUUAAUUAAAGGAACCCACUGCCCGCUUCAGGGAACUCACAGUACGGAUGAAGAGAACAGGUUGACUUGCAAGAGAGACAAUAUUCUCCACUCACAAUGCUCUUUUGGCUUCCAAGUGUCUUCUAUGGACUUGGUGUCCUUUGCUCUGCAAAGCUCAGUAUUGUCUGUGUCUAUAAACAUCUGUCUGAUUUCUUAACUGCAGAUGCUGUGAAUUGAAUCUGGAACCUUUUACAUACUAAGCUCAUGCUCUGCUCAGUGCUGAACAGCCAUAGCGACAUCAUUCAUGCAUCCCUAUACGGACAAUCUCUAAGUUUAUGCAUCGUAUUUUGUGUGUGUGUGUGUGGGGGGGAGGGGAGAUACAAUAUACAGUCAUACCUUGGGUUAGACGCUUCAGGUUGUGUGUUUUUUGGGUUGCGCACUGCGCCGAACCUGGAAGUACUGGAACAGGUUACUUCUGGGUUUCGGCGCUUGGGCAUGUGCAGAAGCACUAAAUCGCGCUUUGCACAUGCGCAGAAGUGCCAAAUCACAACCGACACAUGCACAGACGUGACACUGCAGGUUGCGAAUGUGCCUCCCGCACGGAUCACAUUUGCAACCCGAGCGUCCACUGUAUUGCAGUGUAAGGAGGAGUGGAUUACCUAGGGGUGAAGGCUAGUACAAAGAUGCAUCUGGUGACAUCAGUGUUCAAAGCUAGCCAGGCACGAGGCAUGUUUUGCUACUGACAUGGGUCCAGUUGUGACUAUGUGGAGAUUUCUGGAUGCUAGGUUGGCAACCAGUUUUAAAACCUCUGUCUUAGUCCUUAGUUAAUACUAUUUCCAUUUCCCCUGUGUGUGUUUCUCCUUGCCUACUGGAACAAGUGACUUGUUGUAAGAGGAAGCUACCGUCAAGCAAUGUAGUUGAGAUCAACAGAAUCAUAGAAUCAUAGCACUGGAAGAGACCCCCAAGGUAAUCUAACCCAACCCCCGGUGAAUACACAUUCCAUUUUGAUGACCAAUAAUCCAGGUUUAAGGUGCCGUUUGGUGCCUAGCUAAUAUACCUGAGUUUCUAACACUGGGUGGCAUGAUUGUAGCUCAGUGGUUACAGCAUCUGCUUUGCAUGCAGAAGGUAUUGAGCUCAAUCCACAGCAUCUCUCGUUUGGGCUUGGAAAGAACCCCUGAACCCCUGGUGAGCCACAGCCAGUCAGUGUAGACAGUACUGAGAGAGAUGAACCGAUGGUCUGGCUCUGUAUAAGGCAGCUUCCAUCCUAUGCUCUUCCCAUUACCCUGUGUUGUGAGCAAAAGAUACUGGCCCAAUACCUAGAUUGGCACUUGCAUCUUGAUAGCGUGUAUCAACCAUGUGCCAUUCUUCUAGGCCAAACAGUAGAACUUGAAGUACACAGGCUCCAUGGCUAAUCCUUGCUGACCUCUGAUGGAUACUUGCUCCUGUUGGUCUACAGUGCUUAUCUUUACACUUAUAGCUGUUGAGCUGGCUCUCCAGGCAUUGCAUUCUUGGGAUAUAUUGGUGGCAAAUGCCUUCCUGUUAUGGGAUUGUCGCCUGUUGUAUUGCAUCUGGAGGACAAACGUGUUUGUGAGUAUCUUCAGUGUGUUCCAAAUGUGCAGGUGUUCCUAAUUUAAAAAACAACUACCAACUGUUCAUGAGAACAGUUCUAGUUGUUCAGACCUUGAAUCCCAAGGCAAACCAUGUUUCAACAGCUUAUGGAUUAAACCAAAUCCAUUAAAUCAGAAGGUGUGCCCCUUAUGACUAGUUGGAUGUUUCCUUUUGUAAGAAUGCUAGAACUUAGAAGUUGAGAGACGUUGUUUUCAUCGCAGAGAUAUCACAGCUAACUUUGCAACUGGAUCACAAUUCUUUGGCUCCUAUCUCACAGCUAGGCUCUUGCCUAGCUGAAAUAAUUGCUGUCUGCUUGAAAACAGAGCUUGAAUCCACAUUUCCCGGUGGUUUACUAGCAAGGUUGGGAAGGAGAACAGGUAUGGGUGAAACCUCUCUCCCUUUAUGCCAUACAACAGGUGCACACCUUUCAAAUUUGCUGAGAGUUGCUUGUUCAUUUUGACUAACUCAAAAGCUGUGCUAUAUUCACUACACUUUUUCAGUGUUUUUUUUGUCUGUAACACCACACUCCUUUAUCUCGGCUCCUGAAAACCCUUUUCCAAACCCCAUCGGUUUGCUUAAGCCUCUUCUGUGCUCUCCAUGCCGAGGUCAAUGGCAGUCGUGCACAAGAGUUUUGCUCACCCAGAAAAGGAGUCCCAGAGGAUGUAUCAAAUCCACCAUGUGGGGAGCCACUUUAACUUAAGUGUAUUAAUUGGGAAUUAAUUGGCAUUGUUCUAAUUGGGUUAUUAUUGGGAAAAUAUUGGAAAACCAAUAAAAAAUUAUUUGGGGGGAGGGAGGAGUCCCAGGUCUUCCAUACAGCUUUGAAUCCAAGGAGAGUCACAAUCACAUGCAUUGUAGUUUAAGGGUUCCUGGGAAUUGUACCUCUGGGUGAGUAAAUAACAGUGCCCAGAAUUCUCUGAGAGAAAGAAUGUGCUUUGAAGUUAUAGGCUACACACAGCCUGAGAGCUAUUGAGGUUUGGAUUUGAAUCCAGGUUGUUUUAGCAUCUUCUGUUCAUUCUUGGAAGAGCCAGCCUUCAUGUUCAAAACCUCCCCUUGUCAGGUCAGUGAUUUCCCCCAUCCGUAUUCUGGUUUUAAUUGCAAUAGCUAGAUCUGCUGUGAUUUGGAAAAACAAGGAUGAUGGUCCAACUUGCCCACCACCUUUGCAGCCCUCAGUUUUGCUGUUGUUGUUUUGCUACUGCCUAAGGCCACAUUAAUAUCAUACAUUUCAAGCGCUGCAAUACAGCAGGGGCAGAAUUUGGUUCUGAGCUUGGACAAAAUUUGGCAAAAAUAUUACUUUCACAACAAUUGGCUUUUUUUAUUUUUUAUUUUUUGUGUGCCCCUCUUGGCUGAGUGCCCUGUACAAGGGAACUGCCCGCACCACCCUAAAUCUGGCGCUGGGUACAGCUUUAAACAGUCAUGUCUUCUCCUAAAGACUUCUGGGAGCUGUGAUUUGUUAAGGGUAAUGAAAGUUGUACAGAGACCCCUAUUUCCCUCCACAGAGCUAGAGUUAUUUGUGGGGCCUCGACUGGUUAAAGUGGUACCAUAGUGAUUUAAGUGUAUCGUGUGAAUGUGGCCUUGGUAACAGCAACAGGUGGGCAAGGCUUGAGGGUAAAACAUUAACCAAAUUAACUGUUUCUUCCUCAGCUUGGUGAAGUAAACAAAGCAGAGCCAGCCUUGGCCCUACUUACUAGUUUCAACUUUGAAAAGUCACACCUUACAGGAAGGAAUCGCCAUUAGUCUGGUGACGUGUAUGACUGACUCAGAAGCUAAUGCAUCUUGGGUCACAUCCACAGCAUACAUUUAAGGUGGGUGGCGCUGUGGGUUAAACUUGCCGAUCAGAAGGUCGGCGGUUCGAAUCCCCGUGACGGGGUGAGCUCCCGUUGCUCGGUCCCUGCUCCUGCCAACCUAGCAGUUCGAAAGCACGUCAGAGUGCAAGUAGAUAAAUAGGUACCACUCCAGCGGGAAGGUAAACGGCGUUUCCGUGCGCUGCUCUGGUUCGCAAGAAGUGGCUUAGUCCUGCUGGCCACAUGACCCGGAAGCUGUACGCCGGCUCCCUCGGCCAGUAAAGCGAGAUGAGUGCCGCAACCCCAGAGUCAGUCACGACUGGACCUAAUGGUCAGGGGUCCCUUUACCUUUACCUAUGCCACUUUAACACAUGGCUCCCUCCCUCCAUGUCCUUGGAACUAUAGUUUAAUGGUGCCAGGAAUCAUAGCUCUGUGAGGGGCCUCCUAAGAGCUCUCAGCACCCUUAACAAACUACAGUUCCCAGGGAUGCUUUGGGGGAAACCAUGACUUGCCCUGACGUGGAAUGCUUUAAAUCAUUUUUAUAUUAAUAAUUGGUACACUCACACAAUGGUGUUAACUGGUUUUUAUACAUAAAUGGACUCCUAUUGGGAGAAGGGCAGUUAAAAAACUUAAUAAUAGUUGCAGAUUGCUUCAAGACCCUCCCUAGAUGUUGGGCUACAAUUACCUUUACCUCAGCCCAUUGGCCAUGCUGGAGGGAGCUGAUGGGAGUUACAGUCCAACACCUUUGGGAGGACCUAAGGUUGGGAAAGGCUGCAAUAGGGCACAGCAAUUCCAAACAAGGCAGCCCUGACCCGAAAUGCAAAGCUCUUGGCUUUGGACAUGUGGUUUGGCUUGGCUAGGAGUGGGGCUCAAAUCAUCUGUAAAAAAAAUUGCCACGCUCCGGUGUAAUCCAGAGCAGUGAGUGGUCUAACAGCAGCUGGAGGCUGAGGUUUAAUUUACCCAAAGCCGCCAUGCCAGCUGAUCUGGGUCCCAUCCAAAGGUUCUACAUAGUUCAGAUGAGUAUCUUGCUUUUGCCACUGACCUCUUGCUCCAUUCUAGAAUGCAGCUUGGAUACAGGCGCAAUAUGCCAGCAAGCUCCCAUUUGCUCUUAUUUUCCUUCCCUCUCCACUUGUCUGCAAAUGAUGACCAUGUAUGGCGAAGGCAUGAGCCAGAAAGGGCAUGUAACUCCCUUCCAAGGCCUCUGCUUAAAACCGAUAAAGCCGUCUGAACACAAGUUCCUUCUGUUGUUCCGAUGUUCAGUGUACAAGCACAGCACCCUGGGAGACCCAGCCAAUGGGGGCAUCUUCUUAAAGCAGUCCCUGUGGGGCAGGUGACACUAACCUGAUGGCAGUGCUUGUGCUGACCUCUGGACUCUUUCAGCGGGGGGGGGGGGAAAUCCUAAGAGGACACCCCUCACUUGAUCAGUUUGUUUAAGGAUACACUGAUGGAGGCAGGAAAAUGGUGCUCCGUCUGGAAUUUGCUUCCCUGAAGUGACCACUAGGAAGACCAGACCUUACAAUGACUGACCAUUGUUCCAUGUAGCUCAAUACUGUCCACCCUGCCUGAGACUGGCUCUCCAGGGUUUCAGACCAAGGGUCUCUCCCAGACCUACCUGAAGAUGACUGGGAUUGGACCUGGGGCUUGCAAGAUGCAAGGCAUGUAUCUUAACCUCUUCUUUUCUUGUGGACACUUGAGUGCUCUUAUCCCUUUAUGUCUAAGAAUUGUUUGCUGGCAUGUGCAGGCAGCCCUCAAAAGGCAAGUGACCUCAGUACUCCAGGGAUGAUCUCAAUUUGGCUCCAGAUUAAUCCCUUUAACCAUGUAAACACAUCUGGUCAAAGCAGUUUGCUGUGGGGGGGGGUGUGAUCAUAUAAACAAGUUGCAGCAUGUAGCUAUGAAUUUUAAAAGUGUCUCCUGACCUAAAACCUUUUCAUGCUCAAAGUGCAAUAGUGCUAAUGACCAGCAAUCAAGCUUCCCUUUUCUUUAAAAAUCUAGGCUGAAUUCUGUUCUUGUAGGGUCAUCUAAAUGGCAGCUUCAACAUAUAAAGCUUUAUUUUCCCCAACCUGCAGACCACCAGAUGAUGGGACACCCAACUCCAAUCAGCUCUAGCCAGGUUGACUAAUGAUUGGAGCUGACGGGAGUGGUAGUCUCUGAUCGCUUCCAGACAACCUGUUUCGUUCAGCGUUUAUCUUGAUUUGUUGCACAAAAUUGGUGGGAAGAUUAGAUGAUGAUGAGUCAAGCAAAUUCACUCCAUUUUCCAGUGCAUUCCCCUGUCUUUUUCCCUAUUAUGAAAAGUUUGGUUUGGGGAGGGCGGGGGGUAAUGGUUUAUUGCACAAGAAUUUCUUUUCUUUUUUUUAAAAAUAAUUUUUAUUAAAGUUUUGAACAACAAAGAAAAAAAAAACCAUACACAAUACAUAUAACAAAAACACAACAAAAAACAAGAUUCAACAAUAAAAGAACAAAAAACAUAACAAUUAAAAACAAUAUCUCUUUUCCAUUUCUGUUUUUUAGUUACUUAUUUCCUGGACUUCCUCAUACCUCCCUCUUUUGUAUUCCAAUCCAAAUUGUUUGUCCAGCAAUUUCUUUUCCACUUUUUUAAUCCCAAUCUUUAGCUUUAAUAAAAUAUUGAAAUAUGUAACUUCAACUUCUUUAAACCUGAUCUUUGGUCUUAGUAUCAUAUAACGUUAAAAUUUUCCCUCUUAAUGUCAAAUUUCCAUUUCUUUAAACAUCUUUAACCCUAAUCUUUAAUCUUAGUCUAUCAUUAACUUUAACCUGUACAGCUGGAAACCGCUUAUUUUCAGUCCAACAUCACUCUAACAUUCUUUAAUUUUGCAAUGUUUCUGAAGAUAGUCUUUGAAUUUCUUCCAAUCUUCCUCCAUCGACUCUUCUCCCUGGUCACGGAUUCUACCAGUCAUUUCCGCCAAUUCCAUAUAGUCCAUAAGUUUCAUCUGCCAUUCCUCCAGCGUGGGAAGUUCUUGUGUCUUCCAAUACUUUGCGAUGAGUAUUCUUGCUGCUGUUGUUGCAUACAUAAAGAAAGUUCUAUCCUUUUUAACACCAUUUGGCCGACUAUGCCCAGGAGAAAGGCCUCUGGUUUCUUAGGGAAGGUAUACUUAAAUACCUUUUUAGUUCAUUAUAUAUCAUUUCCCAGAAAGCCUUAAUCUUUGGGCACGUCCACCAAAGGUGAAAAAAUGUACCUUCAGUUUCUUUACAUUUCCAACAUUUGUUAUCGGGCAAGUGAUAGAUUUUUGCAAGCUUGACUGGGGUUAUGUACCACCUGUAUAUCAUUUUCAUAAUAUUCUCUCUUAAGGCAUUACAUGCCGUAAAUUUCAUACCUGUGGUCCAUAACUGUUCCCAGUCAGCAAACAUAAUAUUAUGUCCAACGUCCUGUGCCCAUUUAAUCAUAGCCGAUUUUACCGUUUCAUCCUGAGUAUUCCAUUUCAGCAGCAAGUUGUACAUUCUUGACAAAUUCUUAGUUUUGGGUUCUAACAAUUCUGUUUCUAAUUUGGAUCUUUCCACCUGGAAGCCAAUUUUCCUGUCCAAUUUAAAUGCCUCCAUUAUCUGAUAAUAAUGAAGCCAGUCUCGCACUUUGUUUUUUAGUUUUUCAAAACUCUGCAAUUUCAGUCUAUCUCCGUCUUGUUCCAAAAUUUCCCAAUAUUUCGGCCAUUUGACCUCCAUAUUGACCUUUUUCAAGGCUUUCGCUUCCAUUGGUGACAGCCACCUUGGGGUUUUGUUUUCUAGCAAGUCCUUAUAUCUUAACCAAACAUUAAAUAGCGCUUUCCUGACAAUGUGGUUUCUAAAUGCUUUAUGUGCUUUGACAUUAUCAUACCAUAGAUAUGCAUGCCAUCCAAAUACAUUAUUAAACCUUCCAAGUCCAAAAUGUCAGUGUUUUCAAGAAGUAGCCAUUCUUUCAACCAGCAAAAAGCUGCUGAUUCAUAGUAAAGUUUGAGGUCUGGCAGGGCAAAUCCACCUCUUUCCUUUACAUCUGUUAGUAUUUUAAAUUUUAUUCUAGGCUUCUUGCCCUGCCAGACAAAUUUAGAAAUAUCUUUCUGCCAUCUCUUGAAACAAUCCAUUUUGUCCACAAUCUGCAAAGUUUGGAACAAAAACAACAUUCUAGGCAAUACAUUCAUUUUUAUCGCAGCAAUACGGCCCAGCAGUGAAAGCUUCAAAUUUGACCAAAUUUCUAAAUCUUUUUUUCACUUCAGACCAGCAUUUUUCAUAAUUAUUUUUAAAUAAGUUCCCACAUUUUGCUGUCAUGGUAAUCCCCAAAUAUUUAACUUUCUUAACCACUGUUAAACCUGUCUCAUUCUGAAACCUCUCUCUUUCAAUCGGUGUUAAAUUUUUCUCUAAAACCUUGGUUUUUGACUUGUUCAAUUUAAAUCCUGCCACUUGACCAAAUUCUUGAAUCAAUUCUAAAACCCUUUUAGUACUAGAUUCUGGCUCCUGUAACGUCAGUACUAAGUCAUCUGCAAAUGCUCUCAGUUUGUACUGUUUAGUUCCGACCUGUAUACCUUUAACCGACUGGUCCCUUCUAAUCAUAUUCAGCAAAACCUCCAGGACCGAAAUAAAAAGAAGUGGGGAAAUUGGGCAACCUUGUCGUGUCCCUUUUUCAAUUUUAAGUUCUUCCGUCACAACAUUAUUUACAAUUAGUUUAGCCUUUUGUUCUGAAUAAAUUGCGCUUAUACCAUUCUCAAAACCUUGGCCUACCCCCAUACCCUGUAGAUUCUUCUUCAUAAAAUUCCAAGAAAUGUUGUCAAAGGCUUUCUCCGCGUCUACAAAUAUCAACACUGCUUUAGUGUUUAUAUUCACUUCUAAUUUUUCCAAAAUAUCAAUUAUAUUCCUCAAAUUGUCAGACAAAUGUCUUCCUGGGAGAAAGCCCGCUUGGUCUUUGUGAAUCUCUUCCAUCAACACUUUUUAAAUCUCUUAGCCAAAAUAUCUGCAAAAAUUUUGUAAUCCACAUUAAGUAAUGAUAUAGGGCGGUAGUUCUUAAGCUGUGUCAUUUCAGUCUCUGUUUUUGGUACAAGAGUAAUAUAUGCUUCUUUCCACGACUCUGGUGCUCUCUUCCCUCCAUUAUUUCGUUGCAGACCUCUUUCAAUGGUUGAAUUAACCAUUCUUUUAAAGAUCUGUAGUAUCUAGAGGUCAAGCCAUCUGGUCCUGGAGAUUUACCCAAUUGCAUGUUUUGAAUGGCACCUUCUAUUUCCUGCUCGGUUAUUCUAUAAUUCAAAAUUAGUUUAUUUUCUUGAGAUAUUUUUUGUAGUCCAUUUGUCUUCAAAAAUUGGUCUAAAUCUGUUUCUUUCAAUGGCCCUUGAGUAUAUAUUGCACAAGAAUUUCAAAUCUGCUUCAAUUGCACAACCUACAUUUCCCAGGGGGAUUGUCACUAUUUUGGAGUGGGAUUCAGUCUUGAGGCACCCAAAGUUAUCGGGGUGUACCAGGUUGAGUUUGGCUGCUUCCUGGCAAGAGCUUGGCUCUAGACUUCUGCUGGAGAACCUUUCCUGGAACUUCCCUUGAUCAGCUUAUUUUAGGGGAAAAUAUAAAUGCCAGAUGGUCUCUGCUAGUUAAAGCUUGCAAGAGUCCUAGGUUUCUGGUAAAGCUCACAAACGGGAAGGUUUAGCUGAGAUACCGCAAGUGUUCAUGCCUUAAAUUUGUCGCCUGCUCCAUCCCAGAGACUUAGAAGUGGGUAAUGGCAGUGUCUCUCUUCAUAGUGUGUCAGGAAAAUGAGAGGAUGGUCCCCACCCUGUGGGUCUGCCCACCAAUGAAGACUUCUGAAUUUAGAGAAGCUUUUCGGUAGUGGCACCCUCCCUGUGGAACGCCCUCCCACCAGAUAUCAAAGAGAACAACAACUACCAGACUUUUAGAAGACAUCUGAAGGCAGCCCUGUUUAAGGAAGCUUUUAAUGUUUGAUGUAUUACAGUAUUUUAAUAUUUUUUUGGAAGCCGCACAGAGUGGCUGGGGAAGCCCAGCCAGAUGGGCGGGGUAUAAAUAAAUUAUUAUUACUAUUAUUAUUAUUAUUAUUAUUAUUAUUAAUUUUGACUUAUCAGUACAGCUGGCAGAUCAACCUAUAUUCAUUAUCGCCUGGGUUGUUUUUUUAUGUGAUAACCUUUUUCAGAUUGGCUUUUUCCUGCAUUCAUCUUCUAUUUUCCUAUGGAUGUGUACCAUACCUUUAAAGCACAUCCUUUCCCUCCCAGAAUUCUGGACAUGGUAGUUUAUUAAAGGUUGCUGGGCAUUUUUAAUUAGGUGAGGGGUAAACUGCAUUACCCAUAAUUAUUUGAAGGAAAGAAUAUGUGUUUUGAAUGUGCUUUAAAUGCAUAGCAUGUGCACAGCCUAAAUUGUUUGCUGCCUUGAGUGUCAUUGGUGGAAAAACAAGCUAUAUAUUGUAAGAAAUCUUCCCCAGUUUUUACAAGAUAGGGUUGCUAUAUUUCAAAAAGUGAAAAUCCAGACACAACUGUUGUUGAGCUUUUUUGAGCAACAUCUAGACUUCUGACAUGGGUUGCCACCUGGAUUUUCCCACCUGGACACUGCUUCCAAAGGCCAUAUUCCAGCUAUGCCCAGGAAAUUCUAGACGUAUGGCAACUCUAGGUUAUAGCACAUCAGCACUCCAGGCAGAGGAAUGUUUGAUGGCAUGCUUCUUGAUCCAGAAAGAGUUAAUAGACAACUAGCUUGGAUAGGAAGCUAGGCUAGAACAUUUCCUUUGACAGGCUUGGAGGCAAGUUGUCAUGUGAGCAUCUGUAUCCUGAAGAUGUGAAGCCUAUGCCAGGUAACGUUUACUGCCCUAGGAACACAAGAAGGGCUGUUAAGUACAGUGUGCUACUUCAACAUACAAAAUCUGAUAUUGUUAUUUUCAUGUUACUUUCCAUCUUGCGUAGUACUAUGAUUACUGUGUGGGUUGUUCUUUGUUUUCUGUACCAUUGAGAUGGAUAUCCCUUUUUCAGUAGGAGAUGACUUUAUUUUCAGCUUCAAAACUUGAAAUUAUCCUCUUUAAAGGGUUGCUCUGUCAAAGUUAUUAUUUGUUAAUCAUUGUACUGGUCAGUUUUUCUUAAAGCAACUCAAAGCUCUGUUCUAAACAUGAGAAAGGGAGAUCAGAGACCUUGAAUUUGCCUAUCAGUCACCACUUGGACAGUAGACUUAGUUUCAUCAAUUGGCCAUGACUGGGGUUGAUUGGAGUUUAACAGUAUCUAGAGAGCAUCAGGUCCGCCACCCUUGUAACAUAGGACAGGGAAGCAGCAAUUUGCUUGUUUGGUGCUUGCUGUGACCUAGAUGAGGUGGGCCAUCUAAUAUGAUCAGGAUAAAGCUGCAAGCUUGACAGAAAUCUUGUUAAAUCCUGUAAGAAGCUGCGGGUCUUCAUAUGCGGCAUGCAAAAUGUUUGCAGAGGUUAGGCUGGGAUUUGGUCAAGAAUAAAGUAGCACAGGUAGCUGUCAAGGAUCAACAGGAUCUCCCUGCUGCAAAGUCAAGACUUGUUCAGCAUGGCUGGGGGAACCUGUAGCACCCCAGUUCUCAAUGAGCUAAGGGAAGGGCUGUAACUCAGUAGUAGAGCAUCUGCUUUGCAUGCAGAACGUCCCGGGAUCAAUCUCCAGAUAGGAUCAGGAGGGAAUUCUGCUUGAGAUCCUGGAGAAGCCACUUCAAGUCAGUGUUGACAAUGCUGAGCUAGAUGAGCCCAGUGGUCUCAUUCGGUAUAAGGUCACUUCCUAUGUUCCCAUCCCCCCUGGACAAUGGUGAUGCUGGCUGUAGCUGGUGGGAGUUAUGGCCCUCCAGAUGUGACAAAACUCAAAUUCUGCAUCCCAUGUGUAUAAAGGUUAGAGAACUCAGGAGCAGAGAAACUCAGAGCUUCCUCUAAAAAGCUAACAGAUCAUCUUAAGCAGCAUAGAUCUCAUGCGCAAAGGAUUGUUCUUGCAGUGGGCACAAAAGUCCUGGAGAACAUCUGACACACUUAACUAAUUUACGUAGCCUGUUCCUGUUGAGCAUAUUUGGACCAAGUUGUGUUGAGCUCUGACAGACAACAAGAUGCAGGGUGGUAAUAGGGCUAAAUGUUGCUAAUGUCCAGGUAUUCACUAACUUUUUAUUCUUUUUGGAUUAACCAAUUCUUUUGCCUUGAGCAAAUCACACCUGUGCUGCUGUUACUGCUGCUUUGGGAUGGGCAGGUGUUAUGCCAAUUCAUGAGGAUAGUGAUGUUAUUCUCUUCUUCCCCCAUACCCAUAAAGCACUCGUAUUGUCUGGUUGCAAAAAUAUUGCAAAAAAUAAUAUGGUGACAAAUAGGGAUGGAAGGAUCUGUCCAUUUUGGUUUGUUCAGUUUCUCAUUUUUCCAGUCUUCAGUUCAGUCAGUUCUUCACAUUUUGCAGAAGUUUGCAGAAUUCUUCAUGAAAAUUAAUCAGCAGUUGACAGCAGCUUUCUCCUAAAAACACAUUUUGUUGUUGUUGUUGUUGUUGUUUACACAUUUUGGCAAGCAGUUUCCCCUAAUGUAUUUUUGCAUGUUAUUUUAAUCAAUGUGCUCAUUUUUAUGCACACUUCAUCCUAACAUGUUUGUUUUUUUUAAUAUAAAGAUCGUUUGGUGAACGUCACAAUAAAAUUUGGCUAAGUGCGAAUUUCAAAGGAUAGCAGUGUUUUGGUUCAUAUAUUGUUUUAGAAAGUGUGAGUUGAAUGGGUUUUGCUUUAAAUGAGACUGGAACCAAUUUCCUCCCCCAUCUCUAGUGACAAAGUAGCAGAUGGCUUGGGGAGGGCUGGAGCAACCAACCUCCCUUCCAAGCAACUAAAGACUCACCCACACUUCCGCUUGACCCACUGCUUCCCCCCAGGAAACCCUGCUGUUUGCUGCUGAAUCGGAGCAAAUACAAAUUGGGUUUUUAGUGCUAAAGAGCAGGUUUUCUGGGGAAAAGUGGCAGGGCAAAGGCAAAAACACUUGGAUCCAUGCCUAGAGAAAAUGGGACAAGAGGAAAACCACUUGGACCUGUGCUUCCUAGGCAUGAGACAAGCGAAAGUGUGGAUGAGCUCUGCAGUCACAGCCUCCACCCUAAUAUAUAUCUAUACCCCCCUUUGACUACUUAUCUCCUAAUACCCUCUGCUGCAGUAAUCAAGUCUCUCUAUUCUGUUCUACAAUCCUGCAGGGGAAGUACUUAGCUGAGUGUGUUUGGGUUUUAAGAAAGCAAAGGAACACAUUGUCUAUAUGGUUUUGCUGUGAGCUCUAUAGUAUAAAUUCCUGGCACUAGAUGCAAGUGGCCUUGGUCAUAGGAUAUCUUGGCCAAUGUGCUUCCUGCUCCUCCAUGUCAGAGCCAGUGUUGGCCUUAACUUUCCUAGUGGCUUGGAGCGCACACUUCCUGUUGCAGUCAUAGUGGUUAAGCAUGGGUGCUAGAAAAGUCUUUCUUCCUUGCAGCAGCAGGAAGUAUUUGAAAGACAAGCUGCAUCAAACCAUUUCCACCCCCACCUUCCAAGGAGCUAAGGAAGCACGCUGCUGUCUCCUCCCCACUUUCACUGCUGGAUGCCUCAUAGCUGGGCAUACCUCUUAUGAAACAGCCUCUGCUCCACCAGUGGGGUCCUGCACUCAUUCAGGGAGCCCCAAAUUGGCAUGUUCUUAUAGGGUGGCCUUUCUCAAACUUGGCUUCCACGAUGUUGGACUACCACUCUCAUGAUCCAUAUAGCCUGCAGGGAUGAUGGGAGUGGUAGUAGUCCAACAUCUGGAAACCCAUGGUUGAGAGAGGAUGUUCUAGGGCAAGGGUGUCCAAACUUUUUUCAAAGAGGGCCAGAUUUGAUGAAGUGAACAUGCAUGAGGGCCGUCCAAAGUUGUAGAGCUUUUUAAAAGGAUUUAAUACGAUUUUACCCCAGGAAAUAAACUGCCACAAGGGGCCGGAUUAAACCAAAUGGCGGGCCGGAUUAGGCCCCUAGGCUGCACUUUGGACAUGCCUGUUCUAGGGUGUCUGUGUGGAAGCGGGGGGCUUACCUCUGCCUCGGUCUGCCACUCUCACCCAGAAAGUGUUAAAAUGUGAUUCAUGGAUGGUUGCACAAAAAGCCUUGACUGUUGCAAGUCAUAAAGGCAGAAUGUUCAGAGUGCAGCAUACUUGGCUCCCUAUGCACCAUAGGAAAUAUGGGAAGCUGGCCCAUAGCAGAGGUGGGGAAAAGCAGAUAUCUAAUCAGUGUCUGCUUUUUCCCUUCCUGUAAGUACCUUUAGGAUUGAUGCUCAGUACUGGUAAAUAGGACCAUCAGUACUGCCGCUGAACCAGGGCAUUGUUUAUAAGGAUCACCUGUCCUGGGGUGGUAAGAUCUGUAUAAGACCUGAUUUAUCUUUCAGAUCCUACAGCAUUAAGAUCUGGGGGCAUAGUUGAUGGUUUCGCAGUGGCACUGGCAACCAAACUUGGGAGCUGGAAUUUCCCUGCUCCUAUCCUGCAGUCGCCCCAAGGAGCCAGUUCUAAACCAGGCUUGACACCUCUCAUCUGUCUUGCAGUUCAGUGAUAUUUCAUGGGCUACAUUAAAAUCUCUGCUUCAGAGCCGGGCUUGGAAAAACCACCAUCGGUUAUCUGCUGCUGCCCAUGAACUUGCUCGGCAAAGGAAGAUCCUUUGUGUUAGGACACAACUCUGCUGCACGGCAGGGGAUAGAAAACAUAGGAAGCUUCUUUAUUCAGAGUUGGAUCAUUGCUCCAGCUUGGUAAUGUGUACACAGACAGGAUCUCCUGGGAUUUAGGUGGUUCUGGGCAAGACUCUGGUCUUGAGAGAUGCCAGGGGUUGAACCUGUUACUUCAAGUAUAAAGCAUGUGUUACAGCUCUUGAAAGAGGAGCAUUAUAAUUCUUGGUCUGGAUAUGCAUACUCUGUAGACCAGGGGUCGGCAAGGUUUACCUCGCCUGGGCCGGUUCACUCCAGCGGAGAUCCUUCCGUGGGCUGGAUCACGCAUGUGCGUGAACACGCAGGGCCUCGAUUUUUGGCGUCUGCACAGACGCAAUUUUCGGCAUCUGAGCAUGUGCAGACGUGAUUUUCGGCACUGCGGAAGUGAGUCCCCGCACUGCGCCGCGCUGGUUUAGCGCAGCGUGCGGGGACUCGCCGAGCGGGCGGCUCAUUUCGGGGGCAGUUCGUAGGCCAGUUAGACUCCCAUGGGCCACUUGUGGCCCACGGGCCUUAGGUUGCCUACCCCUGUUGUAGACACAGCAGCCACUAUUUCUCUGCAGCUAGGGAAAUGGAGCAGUUCUGUAGAAGCUGCAUCUAUGCUCCAUUUGGCAGCAGUGGAAAGGCCCUUGGGCCACCGAGAGGCAAUUCUUAACACUCACCAGGUGAGUACUUGCUAGGAGCACUGCCAGAUUCUAGGGGCCUCUUGCCCUCUGCAUGCUGAGCUGCCCUGGUUGCUUUGCUCUCCUCACCACCAUAAGCUUACCAGUCAGUGUCAGGUGGAGGGUCCUUUUUUCUCGAACCUUUAGAAGGUUUCAGGUAAGCCAGAGAAAUGAAUAUGGUCAGUGUGACUGGGGCCUUGGGAGCACUUAAUUGCACAGUGCACUGACCAACACCUUUAAAUCUACAAAGAGAAAGGGAGAAAGAAGUUGUAGCAACCAUUGCCAGACUCAGUUUGCCUAUGCUGGCUGUCAACACCAGUCCUGUUUCCCACUGCGCCACUACCCUGGUUUGCCACAAUCCCUGGUGGUUUUAUGUCCCCCCUACUCUCUGGGCUGCUGGAGUCCAGUCCUUUAACCCUGAAGUUCAGCUUUAAUGACGCCACUGAUGUUUAUGAGGCUAACCUAAAUUAAUAGGCGCAAAAAAGCAGUUUUAUCUGUGGAUCCUUUUGGGUGAAAGGUUUAAACUGGUUUGGUUUCUUGAGUUUUGCUGUUCAGACGAUUUAUUUCUCAAGAUGUGUAUAAGCCGUGCAACAGUUUACAAAUGAGGCAAAUAAAGACAUAAAACCCCAUAAAAUAACACAAAGCUUUUUAAAAAAGCAUAUCACUGAAGAACAAUUACUAAUGGCAGUGACAGUAGCAGCAAUGGGUCUCUCUUCCACCAAGUGCCUGCAAAAAUAUCCUCCUGAUGUUGUUCUUGUAGGCCAUUGUGCAAACAGUAUUAGAUGGACUUCAGUGGUACCUCAGGUUAAGUACUUAAUUCAUUCCGGAGAUCCGUUCUUAACCUGAAACUGUUCUUAACCUGAAGCACCACUUUAGCUAUUGGGGCCUCCUGCUGCUGCUGCCGCGCCGCCAGAGCACGAUUUCUGUUCUCAUCCUGAAGCAAAGUUCUUAACCUGAAGCACUAUUUCUGGGUUAGCGGAGUCUGUAACCUGAAGCGUAUGUAACCUGAGGUACCACUGUACCUCCUAAAGGUGCAUCUUAACUGACCACCUAAAACUACAGAGAUGGGGCUAGGCAUACCUCAGAGAGUUCUUUGUCUGAGGAGCCAUCACUGAAAAAUCCCUGUCCCAGCCUGCCAUACCACAUAUCCAGCCCCUGGUGGUCCCCAGACCUUGCACUGACCAGAAGAGAGCAAGGACCUUGGAUGCAGCAGGUUUCUCAGCAGCUUUGCUGGGCUUCUACUCCUGCCUACUUUAGUCCCACUGGAUGCCAAAGAACUCUUGUCGCCAUUAUGAAGCGUUGAGAAAACACUGGGGAUGAAACCCUAAUAUCUAAGGAGGCGAUGCCUUGGCAGUUGCCAUCUGUGCCCUUGAACCAAAGGUGCCCCAUGCCCUUGUUCAGUUACUAUACUGUCCAGCCUGCCAUUUCAUUAAAAGACCCAACUUGUUUGAUUAACAGCUAAACAAGCAUGUUCCACUCUGAUUAAGCAGGACUUAAAUGCAUCUGCUAUUCUCUCCAGGACUGGCAGUUUAGGAAUAUGCUAUUAGCAGCUAAUCUUCUUGAAGGUUCCAAAUGUUCUCCUUCCUACAAUUCCCCCCCCCCCCGCAAGUGCUCUUUGUGUGUGUUUUGAUAUUGCUCAGUGCCUUAUAAGUCCUGGUGUUUAAAACUGACUGCUGCAGCACAGCAUUCCAUCUGGCUAGCGUCAAGGGGCUCCAGCUGCAUCUUAUCCUGCGUCUCUCGGGAUCGACCUGACAAAAGGCUCUGGAGAGCAAAAGAUUGCUCUCCAGAGCCUUGAUUCGUUGUGACCAGGAAUGGCUUAUUGCUGCCUGUGCCCAAGCUCUGCCCCAGAUAAGACACGAUUGGAGAGUGUGCUGCUUUUGCCCGGUUCCAAGUCUCAAGAAGGUACGACGUCUACACUGUGUUUAAAUGAUGCUGUCAACUCCCAACAACAGUUCUACUCAAAAUGUCUGGUAUACCAUUCAGUCUGGGUGAGCCAUGAGAUCCCUUAACAGUACAGGCUGCCAUUUUUUGUCCCCUAGCACAUAGGCGACCAGUAAAAACCUCUGUGCUCUACAGCGGGGUGGGAAGGGGACCAGUAGCUAUCCAGAUGUUGCUGAUGUUCCCAGUUCCCAUCAGCCCCACGCAGCAUGGCCACUGGUCAGGGAUGAUGGCAGUUGGAGAGUGGCUGCUUUGUAUUGGCAGAAUCUCCCAGAUUUGGUCUGUGACUUCUUAGUAGCUUAACAUGAGUCAUCAGUGUGAUGCAGCAGCAAAAAAAGCUAAGGCCAGGGGUCAGCAAACUUUUUCAGCAGGGGGCUGGUACACUGUCCCUCAGACCUUGGGGGGUGGGGUGGGCUGGACUAUAUUUUGAAAAAAACAAAAAACGAAUUCCUAUGCCCCACAAAUAACCCAGAGAUGCAUAUUAAAUAAAAGCACACAUUCUACUCAUGUAAAAACACACUGAUUCCUGGACCGUCCGUGGGCCGGAUUUAGAAGGCGAUUGGGCCUUAGUUUGCCUACCCAUGGCUAAGGUUAUUCUAGGCUGCAUCAACAGAAGUUUAGUGUCCUCAUUAAAGGAAGUAAAAGUACAGCGCUAUUCUGCCUUGGUCAGACCACACCUGGAGAUACUGUGUCUAGUUCUGGACACCACAGUUUAAGGAGGAUAUUGAUAAGCUGGAAUGUGUGCAGAGGAGAGCAACUAAGAUGAUAAAGGGUCUGGAAACCAAGCCUUAGGAGGAAUGGUUGAGGAGUUGGGUGUGUUUAGCUUGGAAACAAGGAGACUUCAAAGGGCUGUCACAUAGAAGUUGGAGCAAGCUUGUUUUCACCUGCUCCAGAGGGCAAAUCUAUCUAAUCUGCACUUUCCAAAACAACACGAGAACCAAACCACAGCCAGCUUUGGAAAUUUUGCACUGAUCUGAAUUUUGCAAUGCAGUUCUUAAACCCAACAGUGUUUAUAAAAAUGCAUAUUAGGAGAAAAAAUUGCAUCAAAAGGAAGACAUUAGUGAAAAUAAUAUAUGAGAAUGUUUUUUCAUGUGAUUUCAUGUGCAUUCUCAUGUUAUUUUCGCUAAUGUAUUCCUUUUUAUGCACCCUUUUGUUUUUGUUAGGAGAAAUUAGUAUUAAAAUGCUGGUAGAUUUUCAUGAGGGCUUUGAAAAAACAAAAUUGCAAAUUGUUGCAGAAAUGUAGAGAGCUGAAUUUAAGAUUGGAAAAAUGAGAAACUGGGAGUAUUGAAAUCAACAGAUCUUUCCAUUUCUACUGCCACCCAUACCUGGAGAUGCUAGGCGUUGAACCUUCUACAUGAAAAGCCGAUGUUCUACCACUGAGCUGCAACUGCUCUUGCUUCUACUGCAUUGUCACUCUGAUCCUGUAAGCUUCUACAGAUUGUUUCCUAACACUGAGGGAAGAUGCAAUAGAUGUGUGAGCAGUUGGGCCGAUUUAAGCUACUAUAUUAUUUGAUUUUAAAGGCUUAUUUUUAUUCUGGACCUGGAAUCUGCUCUGCGGUACAGGUCACCAGCUCUACAGUGACCCAUCAAGCCGAGAACACCACGUGUGCCUUUGAUGAGACAGAAUAUGUGCCGCCUCCUGCCUCCCAAAAACAGAUUCAACCACGUAGAAGGUUCAGUUGUAUAUAAUAGAUCACACUUCAAUUAGUUUUCAGAGUGUACUCAAAAGUAAUUUUAGACUGUGGACUUUUUGCAGGCCCUUCUCUUUAGAUGGCAGUGUGUAUUGUUACUUCAAAAUGUGGCAGGCUAGACCUUCUGGACUCUGGACUUCUGCUCUGAUGGCACCACUGCCAAAGUAACUUAAAAUCCUCUGCAGCAGAAUUAAAGAAUCUCCCUUGCUGCUGCAGCUAACUUUGCGCUGCACAGAACACAGUAGUAGGUGUUUGUUCCCAGAUGUCUUGGCCUACUUACAGUAAUCUCACGAACCCCCCCACUUGUUUCUGACCAUCGCAGCCCCUCCCCACUAGCAACACGGCCGAACCUGGGAGUUGCAGGGAAGUGGGUGAAAAACAGCAGAGUAGACCCGACCAGUAUAUUUAAGUCGUUAAACUGAAGGCUAGUUCGUAGCUUGUACAAAAGAGACAGUUGUUGCAUUGGCUACUGCAUCAGCUGUGUUCCAGUGUACAGGGCUGCAAAUGCAUUAAGAAGGGUCCUUGCAGUGCGCAGAGAGCCUCCAUGUGUAAAAACUAGAUGUUGGGGAAUGGAGUGUGUCCUAACCUAGCCUUUUCCCUGAAAUGUUACCUUUUUAUAUGCAAGGGAUAUUUUUAUUUGUAGGACACCUUCGCCUCAAGAGGUCACCGGCCAAACAUAGUCUUGCCACCUUGCUGAGAACUAAGCCAAGGUUUUGUCUUGGAAAACAAUGCACCUUUUGCUCUACAAGCUUUCUGCAGUACCUUGGCAGAUAUUGAAGGACAUCUCUUUAUGCUUAAAAGUUUGCUGCUUGAAUUGCACUCUGUCUGCUUGGCGAAGCAGGUUGGGUAACUUUAGAGUCUGACACGGGUGGUCUUGAAGGCCCCCAUCUAAAGAAGGGAAAUGUUUAUUACUUUACCCAUCCCUGUGUCGUUUUGAUGAGGGGCUGUUGAGUCGAGUCCUUGGCCAAAUCCUCUGUGAUACUACUUUAGCCAUCAUGCCUUCCUCCAAAGAAUCCAGGAAACUGUAGUCUGUUAUGGUUGCUGGGAGAUUUGGGCUAACUUGGCUAGCUCUAGAGUGUGUGUGUGUGUGUGCAGUAUUCUGCACAUUAAUGGCAAACUCCUUCUCCAAGUGUGAAUUCUUAUGUAAGUGGCAUUGUCCAUGCACAAGUAGGAAUUGUUAGGGGGCUUAUGGAGACUCCAAGGCUUUCGGAAGUACAAAAGAUCAUUGGGAGUAAAAUUAAACGGUGGGGAGGUAGUAAAGGCUGAGCAUGCUCUGUAGACCCAGAACGCUGACUGGGCUGUUGGGAGAGAAUGGAAAUAGAAUGGCAGAAUAGAAUGGAGUAACCUGGGAAAGGGCAUGGCAAGAACCCUGAAGAGGAGCCCUUGAUGUGUGCUAAAUCCCCAUCAUGCUUUGUAUAUUUUCAUCCUACCCGAAUGUUGUUUUAUUUGUGCCUCACCUAGAAAUGUGAGCAUUACAGGUCAGUAAAGCAUUUGCUGAGGAAGCUGCAGGGUGAUUCCUGGAAUGCUGACUCAAGUUCUGAAGCUAACAGGUGCCAAAGUGCCUUGUUACAAGCGUAGCAAAUUUGCAGGCGCAGCCAGCCUGCAAUAUUGGCGGACGUGGUAACUGGUCUUUGGAGACUCCAAAUGGUGCAGAGUGACCUUCAUGCCAGUUCAUCCUUGGCAUCAAGUGGGUGGCGGAAUCUCUGGAAGGCUCCCUAUUUGAGAAUGUGGAUCUCAGGCUGAGAAAGGGCCCCCAUCCCUGCCCUAAACGGUUAGGGUCCAGAACCAUCUUGACAGGGGCGGACUUUGGUAAUAUGGUGCCUUGAGCGAGCGCAAAAUUAGGUCUCUCCCCCCCCAUUACCCCCCUUAUUUUCACAAUAAUUCCUUUGGCUACUUUGAGUAGCUACCCAAAUGGGUAAGGGUAAAGGUAAAGGACUCCUGGACGGUGAAGUCCAGUUGCAGAUGACUAUGGGGUUGCGGCACUCAUCUCGCUUUCAGGCCGAGGGAGCCGGCGUUUGUCCACAGACAGCUUUCUGGGUCAUGUGGCCAGCAGGACUAGACCACCUCUGGUGCAACAGAACACAGUGAUGAGUGCCAGAAUGCACAGAAAUGCACGCUACCUAUAUAAAGUUAUUAUUUUAUUUUUAUUAUUAUUAUUUAUUACAACCCCUUGGCUCGCUUCCUAUGGGGGGAACUGUCUGCACUACCCUAAAUCCAGUACUAAUAUUGACCUACCAGUACCAUAAGAUCUACUUCUGAGGUUCUGUUGAGACGCCAGCCUGUAAUAAAAGCUAGGACAACAAAUAGAGAGAACAGGGUUACUUCAACAGUGUGCUGCAACCAUGUAAUCCGGUACCAAGCGAGGUUGGAGAAGCCACAACUCUCACUAAUUUUAAACAGACCUUGGGGUCUUAUUAAGAGAUAUACAUUGGGUUGUGGCUAGCUGUUUUACUUGGAGUAGACCCACUGAAAUCUAUGAAAACUAACUUCCUUACGGCCAUUCGUUUCAGUGGGUUUACUCUGAGAAGGAAUAGCCCGGGAUGUUGUGUUUAAUCUCUUCUUCCAUUGAAUGACACGCUGGUCUGUGCACCUUACAUGGAAAGAAUAUUUUAAAUAUUCUGUUGGGAUUUUGUGAAUUUGUAUGGCAUACUGUUUUAAACUUUGAAACCACCUGUCAUCUGGAAAUGCCAGGGUGGUUUACAAAACAUUAAACAAAGUAAACUAAUAAAACAUAAUUAAAAAGGCACAACACGAAAAGAAUUAUAGAAUUCCUUUGGCAAGAUGUGCAGCAGUAAUUCAGAAUAAUCAUAAAACUUUGGGCAAUAUGAUCAAUGCCACCAGUGGCCUGGAUUAAAUGGAUCUGUGUUAAUGAUAAUUAAAUUAAAAGUAAAAGGUGGGGAGUCAUAAAAUGGCACCCACAAGGAUUAUAGUAAAUUUAUGCUGAGCUUCAACUGGUGUGGACAGGACAAAGCAGGAUGUACACAGAAAAAACCCACAACACACCCAAGUAGUAUAGCAAGUCAACUGCAAUUCUAUUUACAGUUGUCUAGAAACAGAGUUAGGCUCUUGCAUCCUUCCUCCUCACUAUAGGAAGAAAGUUGUUUCUGAACUAGGCUGUCUUAUGUUAGUUUUAAAGGAGCAUCUCCCUGAUCUGCCACCUCAGUCUUUCACUAGAAAGCAUGAGGGUUUGGGUUGCACUGUCAAGCAGAUGUAUUCAAAUAUGAUACGGUCUGGAUUGGUCACUGCUCUUGUUCCAGCAAGUUUAAUAAGACUGUGGGAAUAGAGCAUGGGUAGGCAAACUAAGGCCCGGGGGCCGGAUCUGGCCCAGUCGCCUUCUAAAUCCGGCCAGCGAACGGUCCGGGAAUCAGCUUGUUUUUACAUGAGUAGAAUGUGUCCUUUUAUUUAAAAUGCAUCUCUGGGUUAUUUGUGGGGCCUGCCUGGUGUUUUUACAUGAGUAGAACAUGUGCUUUUAUAUAAAAUGCAUCUCUGGGUUAUUUGUGGGGCAUAGGAAUUCGUUCAUUUUUUCACCCAAAACAUAGUCCGGCCCCCCACAAGGUCUGAGGGACAGUGGACCCGGCCCCCUGCUGAAAAAGUUUGCUGACCCCUGGAAUAGAGCAUACCAGGCUGAGAUUUAGUGGGCAGGACAUAUUUUGCUGGUUACCUCUAAAGAGGCCCGGUGCAGCAGUUUCAGACAAAGAGUGCUCACUUCUUCAACACUGCCAUCUCCCAGAGAGCAAAGCAAGAUUUGUACAUGUUGAGCCUAGUUUGUGCUAGGUCACUUUAGAGGCCAGGUGUUUUUAUUUCAGCAUGAUCCUUCUGAGCAAUCAUGGGGUCAGAAGUAACAUGGACAGUGUGUGUCGUUCUGGAUGCCUGAGUUGUCACAGAAAACACAAACUGCUUGGUCAUCUAAGGCCAGCUUUGCUUCCGGAUCUGGGAAUAUUGCUGCAAUAGGAGCUGAAAAAGUCCCCCCUGAAAAAGGAACAAGUUGUUUUGACAACAUAUUGGUGUAAUUUGAAGCAUAUUUCACUGCUAUAUUGGGAAAUUAAAACAGAAAUUAAAAUAACUAAGUUAUCAAACUGUGGCUCUAGUUUUAUUUAAAGUGGGCUUUUAUUUAUGAAGCACUUCCCGUAAGGCCACCCCAAAUCAAUUUACAAUAUAAUGAAAACAGAGAAUACUCAUAUAUAAAAACUGUUAAAACAAAUGAACAUAUAAAAGCAGUUUUAUAAGGCAAUUAUAUUUAUAAAGCCAGUUUAAAACAACAGCAGUAAAUACAUAAAAUCAGUUCAAAUUCAGAGAAAUAUCAGCUGGGAUAAAGACUGCCAUUUAGAAGGUUUGUUGAAAGAGGAAUGUAUUUUUCAGGAACCAAAAGGCAAUAGAAAAGGAGGUUCCUGCCUGAUAGAUGUCUGAUAUGGAAUGCAUUUAAGGGCCAAAUAAUAAAUAAAUAAAAUAAAUAAAAAAGAUACUGGAGAAAUAGAGACUUUACCAAAGAGACAGAGAGAGAUGCCAUGCACUUUGCAAGGGACAUCAAAGCAGUGUUGCCCCAGACAAGCACUACUGUGAAUUAAAACUUUCUCGCUUUGCUCUUUUGAAUAUUCUAAAAGUUAAGCUUUCCAGGUGUAGAAGAGUAGGAAUUACAAAACCUACCUAGUUUCUGCUCUGGGGCUGCCACAUGAUUGGAAGGGAGGGAGGAAGGUCAAGAGCAGCGAUUCAGCAGGCAGCCAGUUUUGAGAAUUGCACUUCAGUUAUUAAAUUUGUAUCUUGCCCUUUCUCUGAAAAGUUCACAAGGAUUGUAAAUUACAAUACUAGCAGUUUGCUGGUGAACAGCAUGGGGAGGAAUUGUGCAUCUAACCCGCUAGUGCCUGCUCUGACUGACAGCAGCUGUCCAGGAAGUUUCCCUUUAAAUCUGCUUCUUGAUCUCUUUAACUAGAAAAGCUUGAAAUUGAAAUAUUGGCCAUUAUGCAUACAAAGUAUUUGCUCUGCUGCUGAACUUUAGCUCUUCUCCAUGCUCUUAGAAAAAUAAAAAGAAAGAUAACACCAUCUUAAUACCCAUGAAUGACUUUAACAAAAUACUGGGUACUUCACACAGACCAUGCUCAAAGCAUGGAAAACAGAAAUAGGCAAACUAUUCCCAACCCCAACCCCACUAAUUCCCCUGGCGUACCACCCAUUAUUCCAUCAUGCAGCACAAACCUCCAGAUAAAAACCUGGCAAACCAAAGGCUUAUAUCAUCUAAUAGACUUCUAUAAAAAUAACAAACCUUUGUCAACACAAGAAAUACAAGACAAACUAGAAGACACCUAAAUGUCCUGGUUAACACAUCACCAAUUACAUGCACUCUUAAACAAUCCAGUAGUAAAACCAGCAGCAACUAGGCCCCUGACAACCUUCGAAAACAUCCUCCUAACAACAAAGGGACAUGGUAAAGGAAUUGUAUCCGCAGUAUACAAAAUACUACUCCAAAAUCCCACAAACUGCCUAGAUACAAUCAAAAAAACAAUGGGAGGCUAACAUAGGCUAUGAGAUUAACCCCACUCAAUGGACCAGAAUGUGGUCUAAACCCACCUUUAAAUCCAUUUCAAUAAAAAGAAAAGAACUCACUCUGAAUAUCACCUACAAGUGGUACCUAACACCAAGAAAACUAGCGCUACUUUGCCCAGGAACCUCACCAAAAUGCUGGAGAGGGUGCACCUCCACAGGCACAUACCUCCACAUGUGGUGAGUGUCCCAAAAUCCAACUAUUCUUGACAACAGCCAUACGAGAAAUAUAUAAAAUAACCAAGCAAGUAUUAGAAAUCACCCCAGAAUUGGCCCUACUAAACAUCUUCCAAGACAACAAUGCCCACUUAUACCACAAAGAACUCAUAACCCACCUACUCUCAGCAGCCCUAAACAAUUUAACCAGACACUGGAGAGACCUGUCAGGAGUAAGCAUGGACCAAUGGUACCAAAUAGCAUGGGAAACAGCCUUACUAGAAAAAUUAACCAAUAAACUGAAACUGACACGGGGACAAAUAGAAGACGACGCCUUCACCCUGGUAUGGCUCCCCUUUAUCACAUACACAGCCCAACAAAACAAUGACAAAAAUCCACCAACAGCAUACAAAUCAAUAUGGCUAACCUGAUCCAAAACACCCACCCACUCCACUCACACAUGAAAACAAAGACCACCACAGCCAACCACAAAUGAACAGUCACACCCUAGGCCAACCCCAACCUCUCUCACCACCAAAGGAACACAAGUGAACAGCAGAGAACCUGCACAAGCAGUGCUGACACAAAACCCCACAUAUAUUAAGUAUAAUAGAAACAUCACCACCUGACCCCACCCCCACUCAUCUUUUCCCCCACCUCUUUCCCCCUAUUCUUCCUAAUGUCUCAACAAAUGAAAACGAUUUGUAAAAAAAAAAAAGUUACAUGGGGGGAAAAAUACGAGAGACAUUGCACAUACCUUUGUAAAUCAAGAAAAGCUUUAAUAAAAAUACAUUUAAAAACAAAAACAAAAUACUGGGUACUUAGUAAGGGAAAGACUCCACACACUAGUACUUUUUUUAAAAAAAGGGUUAUUGCUAAGUACAACAGUAAAAAAUGACAUCUAGGGCUUGCAGUUACAUUUCUAGUUGACUUUGGUUAAACCACAUUUCAAAAAAGCCAACUGGCAAACUGCCACAGAAAAUCUUUUACAUCUCUCCAUCCUCUGCCCAGCUUCAGGGAUCAAUUGCUGUAUAUACAUAUGCAGGUAUCUAGUCUAUACAAACAAACAAACAAACAAAUAAACAAACCUCUAAUCAAAUAAUCCCACCUACUCUCCAGCUAGAAAUGGGACAGAAAUUCAAUAACAUUUAAGGCAAAUUUAUCAAAUUAUGAUUUUGUGAAACAAUAUGAGAACCGGAACACUGCCGUCCUUCCAAAUUUGCACUUUUCCGAAUUUUGUUUGAAAAUAAGGUGUGCUUUGUGAUUUGAAAAUAUGGCGUGAAAAUUGUGUAGAAAAGUGUGUGUUGGAAGAAAUUGACCUGAAAAUGCUGAAGAAUUUUCAUGAGAGCUAAAAAAAAUACAUCAAAUUGCUGCAGUAAUGUGGAGAACUGAAUUUAAGAUUUUAAAAAAUGAGAGAACCAAAACUGACAGAUCCUUCCAACUGGACAGUCUCGCAGUCAACAGUGGCUAUUAACUCUCUUGAAUAUUCUUCGCAGAAUGAUUGCACUCCUGCAUUUGUCAGUCAUAUGACUUGGCGCUUGAACCUUGGACUGUGACUAAUAAGAUACCCUGUGAUGCGGUACAGUGAUCUCUAAACCUGCUUGGCAUUGUUCCACCUCUUCUAGGUGCGGACACUUUUUGUCAGUGGCCUUCCUGUGGACAUCAAGCCCAGAGAGCUUUACCUGCUUUUCCGGCCAUUCAAGGUAAGCAGCAGCACACGCACCCCAACAAGCAAUUGUGUCCUUAGUCUAUUGAUAUGGCAGCCUUGUGCCCUGUUGGCUAUAGAGAAGAAUUAUGAAGUUGGUUCAAGGUCACCAGGGAGCAGGGCUGAGCAGGUAUUCAACCCCAGAUUCACCACCACCCCUCCAACUCCCAACCCCCAAAAGUCAUAGAAUUGGAAGGAGCCUCAGAGGUCAGCCAAUCCAACUCCGAUGCAGGAAAUACUUCUUGAGCAUCCCUGACCAGCUAACCAACCGCCUUCCCGGAUGGAUGGGCCAAUGGUCUGAUCCAGUGUAGGAACUUCCCUUUGUUAAGUGUGUAGCUGCCAUUAGUAACUAAUGGGAUUAAUAUUUAGGGAUGGCAACAUGUCGGGAUGCAGGUAGAAUGUCCUCUGUCCAGCAUUUGUCAGUUAGCUGGCUUUUAGUGGCAGGGUUAGGAAAGGGUUCUGCUUGAACUCUUGAAGGAACCCUUGCCAGUCAGACAGUGUAAAGGUAAAGGGGACCCCUGACCAUUAGGUCCAGUUGUGGCCGACUCUGGGGUUGCGGCGCUCAUCUCGCUUUAUUGGCUGAGGGAGCCGGCGUAUAGCUUCUAGGUCAUGACUAAGCCGCUUCUGGCGAAUCAGAGCAGUGCACGGAAACACCGUUUACCUUCCUAUUUAUCUACUUGCACUUUGACAUGCUUUCAAACUGCUAGGUUGGCAGUUCGUGGGGAUUCGAACCGCCGACCUUGUGAUCGGCAAGUCCUAGGCUCUGUGGUUUAACUCACAGCAUCACUCGUGUCCCUAGUCAGACAAUAUUGGGCUACAUAUAGCAAUGACUUGACUCCGUAUAAAGCAGUUUCAUAGGGUGGAAGGGCAUAGCCCAUCUGUGGUGGGGAUGGUGGUGACGGGGUGAAAGUGUUUCUAACAUAAUAACUACGUCUUAAUGUUAACUCGCUUUUCAGGGCUGCAAAAGUAUUUCUGGCACUUUGUUUAAGGGUGCUGGCCUGGCUUUGCAUCCUUUUCUUUCCCUUUUAAGGAAUCCAAUAACUAACUUGCUGGCUUCUCUCUCCUCAGGGUUAUGAAGGAUCGCUGAUCAAGCUAACAUCAAAACAGGUAAUGCCUCCCUCAGUCCUCAUUCUGGCAGCUUCCCAGUUCUGCCCUUAACUGCUUAAACUGUAGAUCAGAUGCCCUAAUUAGGAAGAGGGAGGGGGGUGCAACCCUAGGAUUACAGUAAAGGGAUGGGCAAUAGCAUACACUCAAAUAAAGCUGGGGCUGCUUUUAUCCCAUCCAAAGCCCCUGUCUGAAGGCUGUUCAGUUCUAACUGUGCUGCAUGGACUGGCUGACACUUUCUAAUGGUCUACAUAUUGCAUGUUUUGUGUACAUAGUUUCCCUUUCCCUGCAAAAGUGCAGUGUCUUUCCCAAGACAUUGCUUUAUUGUACAGAUAUGGAAACUAUGGCCAGAGUCUGAGUAUUGCUGGACUCCAGGCUCCCAUCAGCCCCAGGGAUGAUGGAGUCCAGCCCAAUGAUCUGGAGUGUGCCACAGGCUCCCCAUCUCUGCUGUUCUAGCUAACAAAAACACCCACAUCUGCCAACACGGCAAAGAAGCAAACCUUAUCUUAAGGCGUCCUUUGUGCUGCUGAAUACCCUGUCGGAUGCACCCAAAGCUGCAACAGAAGCUAGUCUGCCUCCAGUGCAAUGAACAAGCUGGGCUCUGGGCUCAGCAACAGCAGGUUCUUCACAUCUCCCAUCCCUUGAAAUGGAAGCUAGGUAGGCUGAAAGGCAUAGAAGAACUUGCUGGGGCACCAGGUCCCUUGCCAGGCUGCCUGUUUGGAGCUACCAGCUCUGUGAAGGGCACCUGGAAUGGAAUGGAUUGGAAACAAAACGAAACAAAACCAUCACCACAAGCUGUACUCAGCAGUGUGGCUAGAUCAGUUAGUUCCAAGCACACAUCAUGCACAUGUUGUUUAAACCAUGUGUUCUUUUCCCUAGCCGGUUGGCUUUGUUACCUUCGACAGCCGGUCCGGUGCGGAAGCUGCAAAGAAUGCACUGAAUGUGAGUAUUGAGGACCAUGCAGUUCAGGUACUUGCACAGCCCAAUAGCCAGAAUGACUUGGGCUCAGCAUGCAAUUCCAUCCCAUCUCAUAUCCGGUAACUUCAUUGAAAGGGAAGUGCUGUAGAUCUCCAGCUACUUGGGACUCAUACCAAUAACUAUUAUAACACAUACUUGCAAACUUUGCAAGUUCUCCUUCCCACGUGGUGGAAUGAUGCUCAAAGCAAGCUAAUCUGGAGUUGGAGCACUUCAGGGCAUUAGUGAGCUGUGUGGGUUAACUGUGUUGCACCAGUUAAGCCCAGAUGACAUGGCUGCCAUGUGUUUUCUGCCCUUCAAGGCAGGACUGGCCCAAGACAUUUUGGCACCUGAGGCAGACCCACAAAUGGUGCCCCCUCCCCUCUGCGAGGGAAGAAGGGGUGAGGGGAUAUCUACACUGGGAACAGGGGGGGGGGGAGAGAAGGAUCGACAUUGGGAUCUGCUGUGUCUGUGGAUCCUACCACCUGAGGCAGUUGCCCCACCUUGCCUCAUGGGUGGGCCAGCCCUGCUUCAGGGGAAAACCUAGGAAUCUGUGGCAUCUGUUGAGAUGCAUGGAAAGGUCUUCUUUUCCUGGCUCUCACCUGUAAGCUAUUUAAUGCAGGAACAGCUUUCGCAGUGGGGUGGAGUCACAGCAAUAGCCUCCCAAGAGCAGAAUUGCUUCUACUUGCCAGGAGAGAGAGGGGACAGGCUUGCAUCCUCGUAGUCCCAACUUCACUGCCACUUUGUCCCAGUGAUGACUGUUGCCACAAGGCUAUUGCUGUGGCGCUCUCCCCACCCCCAGCAGGCAAGCAGCUGCCGAUGAAAUGAGCUGGGAGCACAGCUGGCAAGGACCAAACAUACUCAACCACUCAUGGACUGCAAAGGCCAAUUGAUGCUCUGUUGUGUGUGCUGCUUGCCGGGAGCCUUCAAAAACUCUUGUCGGCAGUCUGAAACAGUAGGCUCUGUUCCUGCUACCAAUACUGUUACAUACAUAGACCCAGCCUGAUCCCUGGGAAAGGCACACAGACAACCUCUCCUUCCCAAGCUUUUGCAUUGACAAGAAAGCACAUUUUCUGUAUUGGCCUUGCACGUUUUAUGUACCGCUCUUCAGCCAAAUUGUGUUCCAGUGUGGUUUCCAAGAAGAUUGACUGCAUGGCUUUUAUUCCAUUCUGUUCUUUCUCUCUCCUGCCGCUGCAGGGCAUCCGCUUUGACCCGGAGAACCCCCAGACGUUGCGGUUAGAGUUUGCUAAGGCCAACACCAAGAUGGCAAAAAGCAAGCUGAUGGCCACACCGAAUCCCACCAACCUCCACCCUGCCCUGGGAGCGCACUUCAUUGCACGGGACCCUUGUGAGGAAUAUUGUGGAGCAGGGGGAGGGGUGCAGGCCUGCACUGGGGGGGUUGGUGCCCUAGAUCAGCCUUUCCUAACCAUGGGUCGCCACAUGUUGUGGAACUACAACCCCAGCCAGCAUGGCCCCAGUGGUCUGGGAUGAUGGGAAUCGUAGUCCAACAUUAUCUGAGUGGUUGGGAAAGGCUGCUUUAGAUGAUGGCGCAGGCUGCCAUUUCCUGCUUUUACUGAGGGUUGCCUCACACAUGGCAGCAAAUGUCUUCCCCAAGUGAGCACUGAUGGGGUCAGCUGUAGCAAAACUUUUGUAUUAAUUGAUAAUAGCAUCUGUUUGCAAAAAAAGAGGUGUUGAAGGGGCUUUAAAACGCAAGGAGAUUAAAAUCAUUGUAUACCUUGGUAUGAAUGUGGCAGCUAUGCCUAUGCAUAACUCUUUUGUUUUUACUGUGUGUUUAAACCCAUGUGAAGCAACCCUUAGCAAAACACCUACAUCUGCUGCACAUGGAGGGGAGAGUAUCUGAAAGAAUUGGAGCUCAACCUCCUGGUGCGGCUGGGCCCAACUCCCAUUAGCCCCACCCAAUGUGACCAGUGAUGGGAGUUGGAGUGCAGAAGCACCUGGAGGCAAACAGGCCGGGGGGGUGGCUGCCCUAGAUUCAUCCCUCGUCUUUGAGUGUGGGGUAGGAGGAACCUGUGUGCACACACCUCUGUGAGAUGCUUGAGCAGGGCUGCUUGGAUGGAUGGAUGGAUGGAUGCCACUGGGUGGAAGCCCUUUGGUCCUGAGCUGGGUUAUGAGAUGUGGUGCAGAUGUGUGUAUUUGCAUCUUACCUUGCUGCUCUUUCCGCCAGAGGUGCUGCUGCCCCUACACAACCCAGCCUGUUUGGUUUAUUUCCCUCUCUCUCCGUCCAUGUCUUGAGUGACGUGCUGUUGCUCCCUCAUGUCUAGAUGACCUGACUGGAGCAACCCUGAUCCCAGCAUCUCCAGAGGCAUGGGCUCCCUACCCACUCUACACCACGGAGUUAACCCCUGCCAUCCCACAUGCUGCUUUCACAUACCCAGCUGCUGCCGCUGCUGCUGCACUUCAUGCUCAGGUGAGUCCAUAAUGCCACCCCCCCCUUUUUUUUGAGAUGAGCAGGAAUCUGUCUCCUUCCCCCUCCAGCUCCAACAGAAUAGCCUGCACCUUGGUCCUGUCAUUGCAACUGCAGGGAAAUUCAGGACCCGGAGCCUGGUUGGGGUUUGAUAAGGUUACUAAAUAGUCAUUCCCCUCCGCCGCUCACCCAGACAAUAGUGGCUUGCUUGGGGAAUUAGCGGAGGAGAGCACAAUUUGGUGACAGAGGAGGAUUGGUGUCUCAAAGGAAAAGCUAUCCCUUAAAGAAUUCUGUACCCUAAGCCCUUCAACUGCUAGUAGUCUACAAGAGUGGCAGAUUUGCAUUAUAAUACGUGGUCUAGUCCCUCUCAGUGCAGUGGUAGGGAAGGGGAAGACGACUUGUGUUGGUCUGCUAUGUAGAGUUCAGGAAAAGGACCUGGCCUAGAAUUUGAAAGCAUUGAAGUGAGGAAGAUGAGAUGCAGAUAGAAACACUGAAAGGACUGGGAAGUGCUUUGCUGUGUUGCUGUACUGCUGGAGGCUGUCCCAAUAAGGACUACAUAGUACAGAGAGCCAAAACCCUCUGUCUUUGGCCAAGCUAAUGGCUUGCACUCGAUUGAAUUAGUAUAGCCUCUUUUAUAAAGGGGAAAUAGAUGUCAACCUUUUGGCUCUACAGUCUCACGAUGCUCUUGCAUUGCCUCCGAUAGAAUAGCAUAGCAUAGCAUCCUGGCUCUUUUCUCCCUCCAUAAGGGAUCCCAAAGUCGAGGAGAGUUCUAGAAUGCAUUGCUUUACACAGGCCAAAUCCCCUCCAUGUGACUCUUAAUGUGCUUGCGCCUCCCUGGUGUGCAACUCUUUCUGUGUGCGUGAUGCUUCUGCACCAAGUGUGUCAAAUUUAUAGUAUCUAAUAUAAUAAAUGCAUUUGACUACAUUGUGUGGCUUGUGCAGGCAGUGUGUUCAAAAGUUGAGUACCUCCUGCCUGGGAGAAUACUGUGCCUGUUGCAGGAUAUCAGCCGGGGACAGUGCUGGACGUGAUGCUUUGCUGCUCCUGCAAAAGGGGGAGCUCGUAACAGUGGUGUUUCCCCCUCACCCCUCCUGUCCACUUGGGUAGAUCAUUUCCCUGGAAUGAACCCAGCAACUCGUCCUUUGAAAUGAAUGAAUGUGUUACUCAUAAAGCUUUUAUAGGGUUAAACAUUACUUCGCCCCUCCUUACUAAACAACUGUCAGCGCAGCAUUCCGCCCAAUACGUGAGGCUGGAAGCCUGGUGUGUGAAUGUUAAGGAUGGGAGAAGUUUGCUGACAGGUGUUGGAAGGAAGCCUAACCAGGAGAUAUUUGCCAAGCCCUUCUGCCUAUGUGGUUAAAGCAGCCAGAUGAGGUGUUUUGUUGCAGUUCCACGUAACACAACAAGGGUGAAUAGUCUCCCCAAAGUGGUGCAACUUUGGCGGGGACAAUAAAGACCCAAUCUCUUGAAUGCUUGCUCCCAUCUCUGGCAUCUUUUGGGGCAUUUUUCUAACAACUGUAUCCUCGUCUUCCUUUGUCACAAGUCAAAUCCCAGGCAGCCAGGAAUCUUACAGUGAAUGAUGAGACAGUGUUGCAAGACUACAGGCUUAUCUGCACUUACCUGUGUCCGAGUACUUUAUUUUUUUUGCCCCAGAGCUUUCCUCACAAAACCCCACUUUUUAGCACUCAAUUGGAGCAAAUGUCAAUUUGGGUUUUCCACAGAGUGCUGUUUGCUCCAGUUGAGCUUUAAAGAUCAGUUUUUUGCAGGGGAAACUCCAGAGCAAAAAAGCAGGGCACUCAGACAUGGAGCUUUAACACACUGACCAUGCCUGGAACAAGUGGUGGAAAGUAAAAUGCAGAUAAGCACCCUCUAGACAUCAGAUUAAUCAAUUUUCUGCUGCCGCUAAGGACAAACACAGCCAAUUCGGAAAGAAUUUGCCCUUGCUCUGAACACAUGCACCCUUCCAGUGCAAUCGCCAAGGAAGCACUUGUGAGUCCUCCCAUUCCUUUGCUUUCAGCUCAGCCCUAGUCAGAAUUGCUCCUGGGCUGUGGGAAAGAGUUCUGCAGAGAAGCUGCUUGCAGAAAGGUACAUGAAAAGUGGGCAACUUCCAAUGACUACAGACUUGCUGGAGUUUCUCUAGUACCAAUGUUUCCCUCUACUAAAACACACCACUUUAUUUCUGGGGUGGGAAACCUGUGGCCACAUUCCCACAGGUGGUUGUGCUGCAAGUCAAGUCAUCCCUGAACAUUUGCCUUGCUGGCUGGGGCUGAUGGGAGUUUGAGUUCAGUAACUUCCGGCAGGCCACAGGUUCUCCACCCUCUCCGUAGCCGAAUGAACUAACAAAUGACAAUGCAAGAAAUCUUCCUCUGUAGCCCUUCUUGCAGCCCAAGAAGAGAAGAGGCAUCUCUAGAUGGGUUAUUCCAGUGGUUUGAACAGCGAUGACUACGGAUUCUGUGUUUGCUCCCGAAUGCUGAUUCCCUCCCACCCUCUUCCCCGUCCCACCAAAUCUCCUGGCAGGACCUACAGGUUGUCAUGAUCACUGGCAGCUGCCAACAAAAUGCCUCUUGCCCCCUCCCCCCCAAGGGGCUCCCACAGCGGCCAACUGGUGGUUGAAAUGAUCCCUCCUUUGAUGUCUUCAGUGACCUGCCGCCAGGAUGCCUACGCAGGCCAGCCCUGAAGCUCAAGGCUGGCCCUGGAGCUGUGGGACACCAUAGUCCUGGCUUGCCCCUGCUAGAGUGGAGUGGCUGUACAACAGCUUCAUUCCUAGAAGCCUUUAAGGAUGGUGGGUCCCGUCUCUGGAAAAAGGCUGGUAAGGUAACAUCAUCUCUCUGCCAUUUUGGGCACAACGGGGUUUUCCGCAAGCUUCUUUUUUUUAUUAUUUUUCUGCCCCAUCUCUUCCUUGGCAACCCAGUGCAUGGGCCUCCACGCUAUCCACCCACCAAAAGCCCAGGCAGGAUGAAAUGCCAGGUAUUUCUCUAACCCACCUAUUGCCAACUUGGCACACAUGACAUGGCACCACAGCAUGGCACCCCUUGUGUUGAAAGUGGCCCCACUGAGCAGGGAUGGAUUGGUCCUGCCUGUGGGAGGGGAGGAGCCUCAGCGGGUGGCAAUCCUGCCACAUGGUGCUGUGCUCCCUGCCACCUUUUUUCACUCACCACAGUCACGUGGUGGGAGGGGGGUUGAGAUUGUAGUCGUAGCAACAGCACACACGGAUUUAAUUUCCCCCGCACAGCCAGCUGGUGCACACACACACAUCAGUCACGCUAUGGACUCUGUCAAGGAAGGGACAACCCAUCCUUGACAAGAGACCAGAAUAUCCUUCUUCACACUCUUUCCAAAUGUAAAAAAUUCCUGAUUUCCUUUAAUAUAAUUUUGUUCUUUUACUCCUUCACUCCAGUCUGAUACGGUUGCUGCCUAUGUCAUAGAACUUCAUAGGAAAGGGGUGAGGAAGAUGCUGGAGAGGGUGGAAGUAGGGUUGGACAAAUCUGUUAAUUGUGGUUUCUCUUGUUUUUCCAGUCUUAAAUUUGGGUUCACGUUUCCACUAGUGCGAUUUUUUUUAAGGGAAUUUAUCCUAAUAUAUACAUUUUUUAUGCAAUUUUGCAUAAUGCACGUCUUGAAAACCAUUUCCCCUAAUAAUAAUGCAUUUUUGUUCACAUGUUUUCAUAGCUACAUGCACUCUUGUGCACAUUUUACCCCAUUUUGUACAUAUUGCUUAGCUGAGGAGCUGAAUUGCAGACUUCGGAGAAGUUGAAGUUUUGAAUCAUAGCUGAAUUUCAGUUCCCAUAUUGUUUCAGUGAAGCAUGAGUUAAGAAAGUUAGGCUUUAAAUGCAAGCUGAACUGAAUUCCCUCCCUUCCCUAGGUGGAAAUUAGGGCUGCAGUGUUUAGUAAAACAAAGGGUUCUGCUGAUCUGACAUGCAGCUUUUAAAAAAACUUUACAGAUUUCGUAAGAACUUACAUUAGAGGAUGAGAGCACCAGUCUUAUAAGACAUCUCCCUUUAUCAGGGGAUACCUCUAAAGGUGACGCAGGCAUCUUUUUAAAAAGUGUGCUGCUUCACAGUUGCUUACUCAUGUGCAAGUGUGAUCAAUUGAGUAGAGUCAUGUGAUGGGCCCUCGUGAUAUGGACUGUUAGCCGCAGUCCGUAUGUAUCCUGUAUCUUCCCUGUCAUUGCAUAUCGAAUAAUUGUGUUUUGAUGUGUUUCCCCCCACCCCACCAGCCAGCUUUGGUCCAAACUGAGAAAAAGAACACCCUAGCUCCCUUUUUGAAGCUGGUAAUAUGUACACAGCCCAUAUGUAGAAGCAGCUGGCUUACUAAAAACACUCUGGAGAGAACCGCCCAUUCCGCCAAUGCUCUCAGUCUGGUCAACACAGAUAUCAAAGCAGCCUUCAGAUACACAAUUGUCAUCUUAGCACAGGCAUAGAGCCAACCUCUUGCCCUUCCAUUGGGUUGUAUGUGCACCUUGGGUGGCUGUCUCUCUCCUGGCAGGAUCCUGCAGAUCUAGCGACUGGGGUUUUUCUUUCCAGGGUUAAAGAGCACUGCACAGCCCGGCCAGGGAAACUUCCUGUUUCCAUUCAGUUGUUGAGCAGAAGGAACAAAACUAAUUCCAGAUGUGCGGGGGAGAUGGAUGUAGGAAUCUGGGAAAUGCUUAAGCUACAGCUUGGGAGUGGUGGGAGUUUGUGGAAGGGCAGAAAUACAAAACAUGACAAUGCUGGUGGCUACUAUCAGGUGGGAGAACUAAAUGCAACUUUUAACUUGCAAGGAAGGAUAAUGGUAAGAAAAAAUUGAGGUUGGCAGGCAUGCUGCAGAGCAAGCCGUACUCACAGACUGUGCAGAUGUUGGAGGGAGUAAGAAGUCCAGUCCCCCAGAUGUUAAUAUUGGCAGCAGAUUUUAUAUAUAAAUUAUAGUGCAUCUAGUAGUACCAGUACGAAGGUGUGUUAAUCCUCCUGAGCAACUUUUAUAUUACAUCACAUCCACAUUGUAUAUUUGAAGCACUCUUACAUCACUCUUAACUGUUAUGGCUUCCCCUGAAGAAACCUGGGAACUGUAGUUGUUGAGUGGGAAUUGUAGUUCUGGGGGGGGGGUCACCUAAGUCUUGACGCCCAUAACAGACUUCAGUUCCCAGGAUUCUUUGGGGGAAGCCAUGAUUGUUACAGUGGGUAUAUAAUUUAAGAGUACUUUAAAUGUAUGUUGUGGAUAUAGUCUAAGUUGCAAAAGGUCUUUAAGCAGAGACUGCAGAAUGUUCUAGCUCUGAAUUCCUAGCGUUAAAACGGGGAUUGGACCUUCAAGGACUCCCCUCCAACUGUAUUAUUGGGUGGAACACAUAUAGUACUAAUUAUAUUUACAUUGGUCCUACUAUUAUGCCUUAUGAGGAGGGCAAAGGUCCAAUUGCAACUGCCUUCAUGAAUCCUCAAAGAUAUGUUCCUCUUGGUUCCUGUGCAGUAAGAAAUUUCUAUUUGCUUUAGCUUGGGGAUGGGCAACAUGCAGCCCCUCAGAUGGUCCUAGGCUGUCCCAGCUAGCAUGGCCAAUGCACAGGGAUAAUGGGAUUUGUAAUCCAACAAUGACUGGAUGCCCACAGGUCCCCCAUUGUUGCUUUUACAGGUCAUGGUUAUUGGGUUACUUCUGGACCAAACGCUGCUGCAGCUGUCCAGAUGUUACCUCUUCUCCCCUGUUAAGUUGCCCUAGCCCCAAAACUUCUCAGCAUUUUGCAGGUGUCAAAAUAGGGGCUCUUGUACAUUUGAUACCUCACUAUUCUCACACAAAGGGUCCCUGCGCACAAGCCUCGCACACUACUGCACAUUUUCAGGCUCUGCUUGCUUUAUUUGUUUACUCUGAAGCAGCCUCCUCUGCACCGAAUUCUGGAGUAGGUGUGUCUCGUGUGCAAGAGAAGGCUAUCUGCAACAGUUUAGUCAUUGUAAUAAACAUUGUAAGUUUUGAAAAAACCAAAGCUUAAAAAACCACCACACCUUAAUCUGCCAGUGGUUGUUCUUGUAAAAUAGCUGCAACUUGAAAUGUGGUUGGUCAAGUUGACUAGGUGGUUAAGUUGUUUGGGAAGCAGUAGAGAUUGGAAAGGAAGCAGGUUGUAAGUGUUGCACAUGUGAUCUAUUUUUAAAAUCUCAAAUAGGAACAUUUAUUUACCAGAGACUUGGUUCCAGACGAGAAGUACCAGCUCUGAUAAAUGUGGACAGUUGGAGCACAUGAGACUACUUUGGUUGUGAUGGCGAGGAACAGCCAAGAAGUAAUGCAUCACUGCAGAGUUGUAAUGUGGGUCAGGAAAGAGGCCCAUGAGCUGUAGGUUGAGUCUUAAGACAGCCAUUGUUGCCACCAUGUCCUUUUUGUGGCAAAACCUACAGCUCUGCAGGUCAUUCAUCAAACGUGACCUCCAAGGCAUAAACUUCCUUAGAACUGGGAGUUGAGAAAAGAUGUAUCAGUUGCCUUGAAGGGGCAGAGAAGACAUUAUGGGACCUUGCUAAUGUUAUGGGCUUAGCAAGCUUGAGUAUGUCUCCCUGUGUCAAUUAUUCAAAAGGUUGCAGGGAGCAAUACAUGAUGCCAGAAAAGAGUGGCAGUCCUGUUUUCCAGAGGAUCUUGAGGAAUAAUGAGCAGCCUAAGAGAAGUAGCUUAUGUAGAGUUUUUGGGAGCACUAGUUACCUUCAUUGGAUGCACUGAUAUUUCCCCCUCCUCUAUCAUACUCUGUCAUUCUCUUCUAGAUGCGCUGGUAUCCGCCCUCUGAAGCUACCCAGCAAGGAUGGAAGUCUCGUCAGUUCUGUUAGUUUUAGUGAGUAUCUGGCUUGGAUGACUUGGCUCAAAAUAAUAAUAAUAAUUUAUUAUUUAUACCCCACCCAUCUGGCUGAGUUUCCCCAGCCACUCUGGGCGGCUCCCAAUCGAGUGUUAAAAACAAUACAGCAUUAAAUAUUAAAAACUUCCCUAAACAGGGCUGCCUUCAGAUGUCUUUUAAAGAUAAGAUAGCUGCUUAUUUCCUUGACAUCUGAUGGGAGGGCGUUCCACAGGGCAGGCGCCACUACCAAGAAGGCCCUCUGUCUGGUUCCCUGUAACCUCACUUCUCGCAAUGAGGGAACCACCAGAAGGCGCUUGGCACUGGAUCUCAGGGUCUGGGCUGAACGAUGGGGGUGGAGACGCUCCUUCAGGUAUAAUCUCUCAUUAGUGGGGAUCGCUGCGCAGCGAUCCCUCUUGCUGUUCUGGCUUCUGGGAUAGCUGUGCAGCCUGUAUUCGUUCCAUAAGACGCACACACAUUUCCCCUUACUUUUUGUGAGGGAAAAAGUGAGUCUUGUAGAGCAAAAAAUACGGUAACUAUGUGGAAUGGGAGGGUUACAUAUUAUUGCCCGCACAUGGGAAUACCAGUGAAAGCAAGACUCCCUCAUGGCAGGUCCCACUGCCCCCUUCAGUCAUAAUGUUCAGAAGCACCUGCCAUGUGAACAAUGUGAUGAAUGCUGACUGAUGUCGCAGGUGCUUCUACAUGUUAUGACAUGAAGUGGGAGAGGUGGCAGACUCCCUGGUUAGGGGGGUAUUGUUUUUUUCUUACUGUGUUAUCUAUUUUGUGUUUAUGUUGCAAACCACCCUGUCAUCCCUGGAUGAAGGGUGGUAUAUAAAUUUAAUAAAUAGUGACAAUAGUAAUGUUACUCUUUAAGUUAGACUCUUGGGGUCUGGGGUGGAGGAUUCUGCCCUGGUUAGUGUUUGAAGACCUCCAUUUUUUUGAAGUCUGGUCUCCUCUCUGAGCAAACAAGCACUGAUAGGGAGGAUGGACGUAGAAGGUAUCCUCCUUGCAUCAUAGUGGGACUUAGUGGGAAUGGUGUUCUCAGCAAUGCUCUCUCCCUUGUUUUUUCAAGAGCUGCCUCUUGGUCCACGUUUCCCCCCUUUGUCUCUCCAUGGAGUGAUGUGCCAGAGAUGAAGUUAUCUGGAUCGCUGGAAACCUUCCUUCCAAGCCCUUCUUGUGGGCACCAGCAAGGUGCUCAACUGCAGUACCUUGUCCUUCUUGUGAACGAAGAUGUGGGCUUUCCCGUCCAGGACUGUGAACAUAAACUGCCCACCCCCUCACCCAACUCAGUGGACUCUGCAUGGUCUGUGUUCUCGCUUGCCUUCCUGCCUGCCUGUCUCGCCCUCCGCUAACUCAUAGCAAACUUCCAUUUCUGAGUUUCUCCUCCUGCUAUGCUGAGGCCUAGUUGGAGAGACUCGGUUUUGGUGACAGACCCCUUUUCUCUUCUCGUUUUUUUUUUCUUUUCUGGUUUCCAGCUGGGUUCCUGGCACAAAAACGUGGUCUAGCUGUGUGUACGGUGCAAUAUCCAGGGCCUUCUUAUCCUAAACAUUGUUUAUGCAGUUCCGCUGGAGGAAGCGAAAGACAAUCAGUUUUGCAUGUUUUCUGGCAUGAAUUUAAAACACUUUAACUUGGGUGUGUGCGUGUGUGAGUGUGCAAAGCUUGUUUUUGUUCUAGCAUUUGUGUAACCAUAGCAACGGGUCUUGGCCUAGCUAUUGAUCACUGAAGUUUUUCAUCUUGCUUCUGUGAAGACUUUGCUUCUGGAAAACACUAUCCUAGUUUUUGCCCUCUCUCUCUCCCCCCCCCCCCCCAAUCCCCUUGGCUUUCUUUUUCCUCCAGUUUUCCCUUUCCAAUUUCUGCUUUGACUAGAAUUUGAAAAAGAAAAAAAAAGUUUCUUCUCAAAAGUACAAUGCACUGGGUUUCUUGUCCAUUUGCCCUUCUCCAGUUAAAAGUCAGGGUUGUUUUUGUGUGUGUUUUCAGUCAGACUUCUAUAUAUAGAACAGCUGUAAAAUAUUUAACCUUUUUUUCCACAUCCCUCUGAUUGGAGAGAAUCCAGUCUUGCCAAAUAAUCAGCCAUCCUUAUGGGAAUACCGAACAAAGAUGUACGAGUAUUUUUGUACCAUGUGUAAUAAGGAAGUAUUUAUGCAUCAUAAAAGAUUUUGUGGUUUUUGUGCAAUUAAUUAUUAUUAAAGAGAAACUGUAAUCUGUAAGAUAAGUUAAAUGUUUAGUUAAAAGCUUGAAGAGAAAAAGAAUUUUUUCUGUAACUGAUUCAGUCAGGCAUAGUAACAAGAAGUUGUGCAAUUUUUGUUAACAUUUUAUUGCUUGGUAUUUGGAAGUGCUUUAAGUAUUAUUGGACCAUGGCUGUCUCGCUUGUAUUAAGAUUCUUGAGAAAUAAGUUGCUAUAUCCUAUGAGAAUGUGAAACUGGAUAAUAUAUGAAUUGUACUCAGUGGUGUGUUGACUCUUUAGUGUGGUGGGGGCAAGGGUGGAAUGUGGCUAUUAACUUUUUUUAAAAAAAUAAUAUUUAUUACUUUUCCAACAAUUUAAACACACAC